AUGUCGUUAUUGUGUGUCAGAGGUGAGUUUUACUUUUCUUUUUAUACAAAUAAGUUGAGGUUCAGUUUUCUGCUCUGCGUUCGUUGAGUGUGAUGUGAAUUUCUGUAGGACAGGUCUUUGGCUGGAGGCUUCCUUAAUCACGGAGUACUGUUGACAGAUCAUUGAAAAGGGACCAGAAGCCAUUUGUUUUGUCGUGAUUUAAGCUUUUCUAAAAUCCCAAACAGUUUAUCAGGGCUGUUGUAGAAGCACAUGACCUCAAGUUGUUUUUCCAAUUUAAAUAUGAAAUAUUAUAAUUUAAUUAUUGAACCUCGUUAUUGCCUUUCGUACCAGCUGUUGUAGCUCAACACAACUAUCAAUGCGACAAUAUGAUGUACACUUAGAUUUCACACCAACACUGCAGGAAAAUGUCAUUAUCCUCCACCAGAAUUAAGAUGGUGAUGAUUUUGGAGACAUAAAGCUUUAAAUUAACACAUUUAUGUACAUCUUGAUAUGUAACUUAAAAAAACAGCAUUAAUAUUACCAAAAUAAUUAAUAAAUCAAAACUCAAAAGGAAAAGGUCCUCAGUUGUUGGGUUAUGAAACUUAACUUCAUGUUUAUACUCUAAAGUCUUCCCUUGGACACGGUCAAAUCACACAGGUACCAGAGAAAUGAGAUUGAGGUCAGUCUUUGCCUGCUGUCCCAUCUUUUGCAACAUCAUUUUCUGUAGCAGCAAGAAUGAUGCUUUCUGGUUAUUUAAUCCAAGGAUGCCAAGAGGAAAUUUAACACUUGAUAGUCAUAAUACAGCUCUGACUUUUACUCAACAUUAAUGGGUAUCUGUGAUGGUGGACUGUAUCUUAAAAUCACUGAGUAUAGUCCUUUUAUCAUCAUGGCAUCUGUGCAGAAACUGCAUCAAGUGUCCUAAAGAACUAAGAAAUCUGUGUGAGGCUGAAAACUAAUCACAAUGAAAAGUAACAACCCCUUUAAAGAUAAGAAAUUAACAGUGGUUUCAAAAACUGAAUCUCAUAAAGGAGAGUAAAUGAUUUAUUUAUUUUUUAACUUUUUAUUUCAUUAUUUAUUUAUUUAUUUUUGCUGCUAUGAGAGAGACCUGCUGAAAGAAUCUCAUUUAAAAAUGGAUCUGGGCUGAAAAUAGUUAGGCUGCAUAACUCAACAGACACAGCUGAGUCUGAGCAAAUAUAUGGAUUCUGUUCAAAACCUUUGGUGAUAUGUAUUUACACACUCAGGCAAACACCUUCUGUCAUGGUCUGAAGUUGCUGUAACGCCUUUGCAAAUGUUAUCCAAGUCAAUGUUGAACAAUGAUUUCACAGGCAGCAUCUCAAGGCAUAUUGAUUCUUCUGAUUGAAACAGCACCAACCAAUCUGAAAACUGGUCUGGUUAAUUUAGCAAGCUCGCCAAAAGGCUUAAAGGUGCAGUGUAGAAAUUGGAAUAUUGAUAUUUUGCCUUGAGAUUCUGGAUCAAGACACUGCCUUCGAGGACAAGAUGGUUCUGUGGUAUAUAAAGGGCCCAACACAUGCACCACAACUCUUUUCCUUUAUUUUCUGACUGGUGCAUUUCUUGUAGCCGUUCACUAGAUAUUAAAAUGCUUAUGUUGCUAGUUUGUUUGCAUUGUGCAGUAGCAUUGGGGUGUACGAUGGCGGCAUCCAUGGAAGGAGACCCUUAUCCAUGUAGACAUAAAAGGCUCAUCCUUGGUUAACACAAACAAAACAAAACCUUUUUUUCAGGUAAUAAUACACUCCUGUAAAGUAACUGAACCUGUCUGUGUCACCAGAUAUCACUGCUUUCAUUUAUAAAAUUAUUAUGGCUAGAUUACCCUAAGUCACUACUGCAUCACCAUGAAUUUUCAUGAUGUAGUGAAUAUCAUAAGAAGAACUUUAUUAAAGGUAGGGGUUGACCCGGAUUCUUAGCUCUUGUCCGGUCUACCUCAGUUUUAAACACCCGUUAUUCCACCAGAGUCUCCGGUAUUUACUUUGUUUUAUUGCUUGUGUUUUCCGUACUUUCUGGUCGGUUUCUACUGUCCGUUAACUUUGUUUGGGCUCGUGCUCGUCAUUGUAGGACGUGGAGCAUGCCUCACAAUAUGAGGGAGUGGCAUCUGUCUGACAACCAAUCAGGUUGGGGGAGGCGGAGAUCGGCUUUGUUAAUAAUCAGAUAGAGUGGGCUGCUCAAAAAAUUUAAAUGUUGACUACACAGACAUAACGAAACACAGUGAUAUCGUUAUAUUACCAAAUGUCAUCAAUAACUAAUACCUAUUGACUGAUUUUAAAAGCUUUUUUGUAUAUACACCACAAAAAUAGAUGCUUCUUUAACGGAUUCCUGCCUACCCCACCUUUAAUCCCAAGAGGAAAUUCAGUGGAAAAAAUAUUUAUCCCUCAAAACCUCUGUGGAUUUUUUGGCUCCUUUGGUUUAUCAGAUAUUGUCUCGCUCAUUUAUUGUCUGGUGUGUCUUGCUGCAUUUGGAAUAUGUUGGUUAGCGUACCAUAUUUCAUCAUCAGCGCCUCUCUCUGAACCCAGCUCUAACAUGAGUCUGGUUCUGCUCGAGGUUUCUGCCUGUUAAAGGAAGUUCUUCUUCUCCUUGUUAAAUGCUGUUUAGUAUUUUACUCAUGUGGUUGAAGAUGGGAUAGGAGUGGGUCUGAUCUUAGUGGACGGGGCUCAGUCUGAUCCCAUAUUUACAUCGGGUCUUUGUAAACAGAGUCUAGACCAGCUUUUUUGUUGUGAGUUGGUCCUCUGGCCUUUUUUCUGCCUCUACCAUAAUAGGUGAAACUGGGUGAUAAUUCCAUCUCCCUUAAAAAGCAACAAUAUUUAAGGUUUUGGAAAGAAUCGACCUGUGCCGAUAUACCUCAUUGUAAGCAACAAAGCUUCUAUAAAUCAAAUAAUACUGGACUAAAUCUGACCUUUUGGUAAAUAUUUUCUCUGCCCGUUAAUUUGUUACUGGUACAGAUAAUGAGUCUAAGCUAGAAGGGAUCAUGCAGCUCAUAGAACAGACAAAAAGGUGCCGGGGCAGGGGCCGUUUCAUUAGCAGUUGUGACUCAUUCUCUGAUAGCUCAACUUGACAAUGUUGUUUAUUUAUUGCCAGUCGAGAUGCCUCAUCACCAUGGCGAUGUCUUUACACAACAGACAAGCUCUCAUAAGCCAACAUGUGUGGGAGACUCCUGCUGUGGAUCAGGGCAGGGCUGAGUGAACACAUGUCUCACAUGGACCCCAUGAUGCUGCAGUAUUGGGGGUGUAAAGAUGAUGUUCAAGACAUGUGAUUACAUAAGUGACAGAGAGACCUUUUUUUCUCCGACCUGAGAGUGGUUACAGGGACUUGGUAAUGUAUGGUUUUUUUCUUGGGGAGAUCAGACUUAGAAAGAGCUCAUGCUGACAGUAAAAGUGCUUUUGUGGUUAAAGUUUACUUCCUUUCAUAAAGGAUGUGACAGUGGUUGUGGUUAAAGUCGAUGGCAUUACUUAGUUUGUUGUCCAUCACUCAGUGCUUUGACGGAGGACACAUGAUAAUAAUCAUCUGUCUGAGCUGGAUGUAAACAUGCAGGAUGAUGUUUUCUUUCCUAGUGUUGAUUCAGACACCUGACUUUGCAGAUUGAUUGACAGCAGGGAUCCACCCUUAUACCAGUGGGAUUUGUAAAACAAAUAACUUUGUACUUAUCACCCUCCGUAUUUUAUGAUUUGUGCUGUACAGAUUGGCUCAGGUUGCUGUCUUUGUGAAACAUUACCUGGGGGGUAUCAUGCUUUUCCACAUUUACAACUCAAACUGCAAAGUUACAAAGUUUGGUGUCCAUACUACAUGUAUGCAAAGUUUCAAACCAUGAGAUAAACGUAUGUUGUCAUAAUCUGAGGAAGAAGAUGUAAACUUCUUAAAUCUCGGACAAAUGUGCAAAAAUUCACGACUGUAGUUUUCAUUUAAUAACUUUCCACCGGCCUGUAAACAACCGGCCUUCUGUCUUACCUGCAGGUUAGCAUCCAUGUGCUUGUGCUUGUCAAGUUAGCACAGGCAGCCUUCAUACAACUUGAUGUACAUGUUCUAAAUCAGAUUAUACCAGACUGUGCCAUCCUGUAAGAUAUUAUCUGUCAUCUAACACAUGAUCAGCAUUUCAGGCCCACAGUAAAAGACGUACUUUUAACCAGUUUAAAUGACUAGGAUCGGGUUCCACUGAACUCAAGAAAUGAUGUAUAAUUGUUGAGUUGACCGACAGUUUGUAUCAAACAGUAUCUAGUUGCAAAGAAGUGCCACUUGUACUGGAGUGUUUUUUUUUUUCUCUCACAGUGAAACUAGAUUUUUUGGGGGGUUCUUUUUGCAGGAAGGGAAAUCGAUGUUUGGACCAAUUUUGUUGCAGAUUUUACUUUGAUCCCACCAGUACUGGUAUUUGAACAACUCCAGGUGACCUUGUUUUAACAGAGGAUAUCUAGAUGAGGGCUCUUAGAUUUGUUGUGUGUGAUUGGGUUUGUUGCCGACGGUUGUUUGGUUUCAGUGGUCAUAACAAGGCAUCAUAUCGGUUUCAGUCUGUUUUUCAACCUGUCAAACCUCCUUAUUGUGCCUUUAAGCACACAUUUCAAAGACUGUUUGAUUCCAAUCAUUAUUAGGGAUAGGGACAGUGGGACUUGGUACCAAAUUUUAAAAGACCUGAAUAUCUGUAAAGUUUGAUCUUAUCAAUACUGCUACAUGAGUCUCAUUGUUCCUGUGAUCUGGUCCCUGCCCUGCGUUUCAGUUGAGAGAACUUGGUCAAUAUUCAGUUGCUGCUGGGACAGUCAUCCGCCUUGUGCCUAAACUUGAACUGAAAAUAGUUAUCAUUCAUCAUGAAACCAGCAUGAGAAAAGCCAGUAAACAAAUACAACCAGAAUAUGACGGAGUCUCAUCCAUAAUGUUUGAGUAUCAUUGAGCUGGUGAGGAGACUGCAGUAGAAGUGAAUUUGACAGCUAACUGAGGCCCUGCAAGACUCAAACUGAUGGCAGGGCAGGCAGACGGGUGGAGAGUUGUGAGCAGCAGAGUGGUGGAAUUAUGAGGGAAAGAGGCAGAGAGAGCGCUUAGAGAUUGUGGGAGUAAUCCCCUGGCCAUCUGUUGCUCUCUCCCUCUUUCACUGGCUCCUCCUGAUCAGAUACAACAGCGAGCACAAAGAGGGAGCAGCAGCAGCGACAGAUGCUGAUGUCACUUCCUGUUCCUCUUUUCCAAUUUAAGGACCUCCAGUGAUGAAACCAGUGUAUAACACAUCUACACAUAAUGUUAGUUUCUUUGAAGGCACUAAAAAUCCCUUUAUUUCAGACCGAUAAUUCAUUCACUUCUCUGCUUAAAAAUGCAGUGUGUGGAAUUUAAAAGCAUGACGCAAAACAGACCUGGUAGAAAUGUAGGCGGCCGUCUUUCCCUGCCAUGUUUUGGCCUUUCCAAAUGUAUCAGCGGAAGAAUGAAGGAGUGGUUGUUGUGCACUGAAAAUAAUUUUCAAUGAUAGACAUUUCUGAUUAUGAGAGCCCGACAAGUGGAGUUUUAUAUGUCAUGCAUCUCAGAAGAAGUCGGUGAAGGAGCGUUUCAACCUGACUGCUAGAUGUCAUAAUAUUCUCAUUACUGCACCUUGAAGUGUUGGAUGAUUUUUCUGUAUCAUUUUGGGAUUGAAAUAACAACCAUUACUGUGACAUAAAAUCUUGUUUUCUCAUUCUCAAGUGUUUCCUGAAUUUGCAGGUUUUAAGAUGGGCAAAGUUAGUUAAAAAGUUACAUCAUUUUUUCAUAGUUUUUAUAGAGUUGUUCAAACAUGAGUGGGUGCACUUGCAGAGGUACGGCGCUGUGAAAACAAGACAGACAGGCAGAAGAAGAAAACAGUAGCUUCAUGGAAAAACAUGUAUGAGGCUAAAUGACCUUGAAGAACUCAGGAUUCAGAGUGAUAAGCAUCAGCUCCCUUCAUUAUGGCCCUCAGGUUUAUUGCCCUCUGCUACGUGCACCACAGCCCAACACAACACCACGUAAAUUAGCACUGACGGCCACUGUGCCAGCUCAUUUGCUCCAGUGACAUGGAGUUUCCAAGCCAUAGUGGAAAGUCAUAAAAACGAUCUCCCGCUACAUUCCCACUGCCCCCUUUCCGCUCCAUAGUGAGGUAUGUACAAGACAGGAAACACUCAGAGAAUCUUUUGGGCCUUUGUGAUAACAGAGUUUUUUUUCCCUAUUGUUAUCCUUUUAAACAACUUUGGAAACAGCUUCUUUUUGGCAUGAGGGAGCCACUGUUGUGUAUUCUGGUUCACUUUAUAUUAAUUGGAGAAUGUGAAGACAGAAAGGGAAACAAAUAAAUACUUCUCUCCCAAACAAUUAAUGUGCACAGAGCGAAUACAGGAUUUAGCAUAAAAAUAUGAAAGCGUCAUAGGUGCUGCUGUCAUCCCAUCCUCUCCAUCUGCCAGCUCAGGCUCCGGAGGUUUAGUAGGUUACAUGCCUGAACACAUAACCCUGCAACAGCAAUCACAAUUAAUCCUCUCCAAAGCGCUUCAUAAUCCCAUAAAGGUUAUUGUAUAGAUGCAUCAAGGGGCUAAAGAUGGUGGAUAUAAAAAUAAACACAAACAAGCUUUUUCCCCCAUUUAUAUUCUCCUAUAUUUUGACAUUUUAAAGAUUUUCAACUUAUAAUUUUGUCUUCAUUCAGUGACAUUGACUCACUUUUGCUUUUUGUUUGUUGUGGGUCUGUUGCAUUUUGUGAUUUUAGUUUAGGCCGAUUCUUUUUAAGAUUGUUUUUAUACUGAAGUUGGUAUUUCACAAUGAGAUGAAGUCAUUUAUUAACUCUACCAAAAAUCAGGAGACAAUAUUGAGUAUAAUGCUGUGCACCUGUAAAAUGUAUAAGUCUUUGCAUCAUUUUCAUUCAAAAGCAUUUCUUUCAGCAUGGCCAAGUAUGAUCUAAAAGCCAUUUUUAGAUUGACAUAAUGAUAAUUGUGCAACCACAUAAGGAAACCUGACAGUCAGAAAUAGAAAUGUAAUAACAAAAGUGGUCAUGGACUUGUAUUUGUUUCUGUUUGUAAGCUGCAGCAGAGAGUAGGAUUACUUCUCCAGGGGUUUUCUCAGUGCUUUUAUAUAAGAACAGAUUUUGUAUCGAGAGAUUAAAUAAAGACCAGUUUUCAGCGACAGUUUAUAUAAGUUCAAAUAAGAGGUAAAGAAGUAAUCGGAAACAGGAAAUAUGUAUUUAUCUUUUAUAGAGUUUGUGUCAUCUUCAUAUUACUGUUCAUGCAGGGGUUGUGACACAUAAUUACAACAAAAUCUGAUGUUUUUCUUUAUUUGUUUUAUAACAUAUUGACCCAAAGCAGCCCAACAAAACAAUAAUCUCAUCUUUUUUGAUGAAACAUUACAUGACGCACUGUUCCCCUGUAGACGACAGCGUCGUGAGGCUGUUGAUGUGUUUGUGUGAUUCAGCCGUCACGAGUCCUCCUCUCUCGUCUGCAUAUAAAUGAAUUUGUCAGGCUUCAGUAACAUGAGGUCUUGUCCAUUAUUUCAUCACUCAUGCCUAUGAGUGUAUUUUUGCUUGAUUUCUCCUAUUGUGGUGGCACUUUUUUUUCUUUUUUUCUCGUACAUAUAUAACCCUCAUAGCUCUGCUGUGUUAACAUUUGAUUGUUCCUUUCAGACAGAUUAUUAAUAAAUUCAAUUAUGUUGAAUUAUCCUAAUCAUUGGUUUUAUUUUGUUUUGCAGUGAAAAAAGCCAAGCUCCAAGGACCUCAAGGUGAGUGCUAUUUCUACUUUUUAUCAUCAUUUACUGUAUUUUUCAUCUACAGAAGCAUAUUUCAUUCACUUCCAAAAAAAAGGAAACUGUUUUUUUUUUUAGUUCUUUUUUUCUUUGCUGUUUUUCAAAUUAACUCUUUUCUUCUCUCUGUUUUUCUGACAUUUUUUUUCUUCUGUUUUUCGGACUAAUAUUUUUCCCCUCUUUCUAUUUUUCAAAUUUGUAUUCUGUUUUUUUUUUUUUGUCUUUCUGUUUUUCAUUUUUUUUUCCUGACUAAAUGAGAUACUUCAAAAUCCUGCAAGAAUCUCAUACAAUCAGAUAACAUUAACCACCACGGCUGCUCCAAAUAGUGGAUUCUCCAGCUCUUGGAUAAUUUUGACAACGGGGUCAAAGCGAGUAAAGCAUGUUAUUUGUUAAACAUAGGGUAUUAAAACCCUGAGUAUAAACCUCACACCCAAAAGAAACUAAAAUUUGAUUAACAUGAACAAGUGGGUCAUGUUUGGGUCAUGAUCCCAGAGAAUAGGAAAAAAAUUGAACAACAAAAUGAAAAAGAACUCUGAAAAACAGGGGGAAAAAUAUUAAUGAUAUAUAAUUAUCAACCCAAAUGGACACCGUCACAUUCCUCUGUUGAAUUGGAAGACCAGGAGGGCUGCAGAUCACACUUGCACGUUAUUUAAAGUUUGAAGUCCAUCUCUGUUCUUUGUUGUCAAUUUUAAUCCACUUUCACCUCACAGACACUUUUGUAAAGUGAUAGAUGUCUUUAUUGACUUACUGGUUCCUCUAGCAGUCCAGACAGGCUUAAGUUCGUUGCACGUGCCUUUAUGUGUGCAUGUGUGUGUGUGUGUUUGUGAUAAUGAGUGUUUGUCUUUCUACAUUAGCCCAGGUAUUACCAAUCCAGUCCACCCACCUGUGGUUCAGUUCCAGCUGAUAUUGGCAGCAGCCUCCAGCAGCCCUCGUUCGGCGUUCAUGAAUGUGUGUCUGAAAGUGUUCAUCAUUCGCUCAUUUUCACAUUUAGGUUAAUCACUCAAAUUCUGUCAAGUCACUGACAGCGUGGGUUGACUUUGCGUUAUGUAAUCUGAUGUCCUUCCACCCCAGGCCCUGCACAGGUGAGCUUAGAUCGCUGGCUGCUUAGCCCAAAUCCCCUCGCUCUCGACCCAUGCAAAUCCUCUGGCGUUCAGCCUCGCACCUUUCUCUAAGCCAUGUGACAUUUUUAACAAGAGCAGGCAACGCGGAGAGAAAGCCAUCACAGCUUUGGAUCAGGUGGUGACUUUUACUCUCAGUGUCAGUCCCUGGGUGACCUAGUGUUCGUUGGGGAUAAUUGCUAAAAGUAUUACCCAGCAGGUCUUUGCAUUUGUUCAGCUGUUAUCCUCAUCCUUUUUGGGAAGCCCUUUUUUUAAUGCAUCUGCACUGUGUCACAAGUCGUUUGCUGAGCUUAGAUAUGCGUUUGAGAUUGUUGCUGAUUGAUGCUGCCUUUUCUGUUUGUCUGUGCCCUCCUCCCUCACCUGUACUACAGCACAUGUGACACCUGCCCCAGAGCAAACACGGAGGAUAAUUCAGUUAGGCCUGUCGUCUCCCUUGGGCAAAAUGUCAACAUACUGUUUUCUGGAAGGAAGAGGAGGAUCGUAAUCGUGAAUGAGAGUUAGAAAACUAAACUUGUUGAUUUUCUAAAUAACAGUAGCCUUCACUUUUGCUUGUGCUCCAGUGAGGAGAACUGAUGAUAUUUACUUGGUGUUACAGGUCUUGAUAGCAACCUGCUCAAUCAGGUCUUUCAGGGAGGUAUCACUUUAUCUAAAACCUAAUUUUCAGAACACUACCCAUGUUUACAACAACAGGGGUAACCUCAGCUUCUCUGCAGUGUCUCUACAGAGCAUAUAAAAAUCAGGGGAAGACACAGUGUUUACAUUUUCACUUCAGUAUUUUUAGAGCGUGGUGGCAUGAAUAAUGUGUCAUUAGUAAGUAUAUUCGCCACAAUGGAUGCUGAUCAGCUUGGUAGAAAAAAGACACUACAUACGCUUCCAGACUCUGACUCUGUAUGCUCAAUCUAGAAAUUCUCCAGCACGUCUAUGCCAUCAGAAGGCCUGUGUGUCCUUUCACUAUUUGCAAAUGCAACAUGCAUGCUCCUGAACCUGAUGAAUGAGUCACUGAUAUAGCAAAAGUAUAAAAAGCAAUAGGAGCUGAACACUUCCUUUGGAGACGUACUUCCAUUCAGCUAUUCUGCUUUUAUGAAUCAGUGGCAGUGGACUCUGGUUGGUGAAGGUUGCAGACUGCAGCUUUGUGUGAAUUACUGCUAUAUUCUGAUUUCCAAAGAUCCAAAGAUCCAGAGAUAUGUUUACUAGUAACAUGUAACUCAUACAGCCAAACUUUAUCCAAAAAUCACUUAAAAUCACUCAAGUUAAAGCUGCCUGCGCUCUCUAGAUCUGUGCUCCGUCUUAACCCCAGUUUUCAGUGUUUACAUGACUUUCUUUUGAAUAUUGCAUCAUCCUCCUUCUUAUGCUUGUGGAAAUUCCAAACAGGAACGGUUGUAGAUUUAAGUUUAAGGAAAUAAGUACAUGUGUUGGGAAGUGAUAACCUUUACUUGCUCUUCAUAGGGGCGUGUGAUUUAUUGGAAGAGCUCUCCGAGUUUACAUAAGGCUGGUCUGGGAUGUGUGUUUGCUCUGUGCUGUCACCACACCCACAGAUGGAUCAUGCUUACUAAAGAAUUAGUUGUUUCCAGAGAUAGCGCCACACAUGGAAGUGGAUGUGGCACAGCAUGGACAAGUGGCUGUCGAGUACAUGCAACACAGGGGCUCGAUGAAGGCUGAGUCCACACACGCUGUAUGAUGUUUGAGCUCAGAGUUUUCUGCCCUGUUGAAACCUCCAGUGAGGUUGUCCCAGCAAAGGAAGGGAAGCCCUGUGAUAGGUUUGUGUCUUCUGUUGUUUGCAAUAUUGAUGAGUGGUUUGAAUUGGAAAUGUCAGCCUUCCAGCUGUGUGCAUUUUCCUGACUAAUUUAUCGAAAAACUCAUCAUCAGUCAAUAAUGGAUGAACACACUUGACUUGAGGUCUCAGUGGUGAGCGGGUGGUUCACAGGCAGGAACCCAAAGUUCUGUCACUAAACAUGGACAGGACAAGACGCUGGCUCCAUCUCAGAAUUUACCUCAGCUAAUCCCUCCUCUGGACAAACCGACUGCUGUGCAUGUCAUGCUUUCACUUUGUCACUUUGUGUGUUUGGUUGGUUGAUGUCACUGUGUUUGCAUAGUGUGUGUGUGUGUGUGUAUUGAAAGAGAUGAUAAGGGUGCUGACAAAGAGAUGUGUGUUUUGAUGGAUUUUGUUGUAUUAGGUCCAGUUGUUCUUGGAUUGAGAAAAUUAUAACUUGGAUUAACUUGCAGUUUAAGUGAUGUAAUCUUGAGUGUGUUUGUGUGUGUGUGUGUGUGUGUGUGUGUGUGACCCUAUAUUUAAAAUACAAUGGUGUUUAUGUAGGCACAGUGACAGCUGAACUCACACUUCUUAAAUAGAAUAGAAUAGAAUAGAAUUUUCCUUUAUUGAUCCCUCAUGGGGAAAUUUUUUUUUGCCACAGCAGCAUCACAGACAAAGAUAGUGCAAAAAUGCAGUUAUAAAAAUAAAGAUCAUAAUAUUAAGAACUUAAAUAAAUGUUAUAAUUAAGAAAAAAAUUUAGAAAAAGGAAAAAGGGAGAAGAAAAUAAAACUAUAUCAAAAGUAAAAGAAAACAAAGCGCUAGAGUCAUGAAAUGCACAUCCAUGGUUGGAAUAUGCAAAACACAACACUGCUAAUUAAAAAGAAAGACAAAAAAGGUGCAAAAAACAACAAUAAAAAGGCAAAAACGUAAACACUGUGAAGAGUUGCUGUGACUUGCUGCCACUCUCAGGGCGCUCAGUCACCAAAAAAUAAAUAAAAAGAUAAAUCGUGAAGUUUUAAGUUCCUGUGAUAGUAAAACUGCUGUAAGGUACUUUUAGUUUGUGUUGUUUUUAGCGCCCCCUGUGGACAAAGUGGUAUUUAUUGUUUCUUGUCCUGCGCAUGCAAGAGUAGCAAAAACCUGCUAUGCUACACUCACACCAAAAAGGCAAAUAUUUAAAUAUAUUGACUGUCAAAGCCUCGGGGUUAGUUAAAGCCUAAUAAAAAUGGAUUCUCAUGAAACUCACGUCGAUAUAAUUAGAGUUUUUUUUUGUUUUUCACAGUCAUUAGCAGAGAAGAUUCCAUAUAAAAACAUUGACAUCUAUUGCAGUUCCUCAUAAACCAAAAGUUGAAGAUUUUCUAAUUUUUUGGGAGGGUUUAUGAGUGAGUGUGUGUGUGUGUGUGUGUGUGUGUGUGUGUGUGUGUGUGUGUGUGUGUGUGUGUGUGUGUGUGUGUGUGUGUGUGUCUUUAGAUUGACCGAACCAAUCUAGUUUUUAUUUAUUUUUAUUUUCUUUUGUGUACCAACAUCAGUACUCUCUUUGUUUUCCGAGCAGUUCCUGCUUCUUCCUCCUCCACAGUCUGCACACAGCACCUGCUGUAAAGGACCCACUGCCACUAAGUGGCUCUUAUCUAAUCCAUACAUCCUCUUCUCUUCUCUUAUCUCAGCUCUUCUAUUCAUGGGAGUCGGCCCAAAUGUGGCACAAGGCAUGGACUAUCUAAUAAAGGAAAGGCUUGAGCAUCCCCCAGGCUGCUUUGUUAUAAUGCCUGUUUUGUACUGUCCUCUCGUUACACUAAUUAGCUUUGUGUCACUCAUGCUGCUUGCUUGAAAACAGUGUCUUUUUUAAGGGGCCCCGUGGGUGUAAGAAAAGCUUUAGGGUCAAAAUUUGAUGUUUGGAUUUGUUGUGUGUGGUGUGAAGUAUUAUACGAAUCCAGUAUUGUAAACAGUUUGUGUGUGGUCCUGUUGUGUCUGGAGUUUACUUAUCUGGCUGCUGUGGUAAAGGCGCCGGCAGUGUAACAGAGUAAAUGUUUUAAUAUGUUGCUGCGGUAACCAGGAAAAUCUUUGUUUAGUGAGGUCAGAUGGAUGGCCUUUGAGGGAGCAGCUGAUGCCCUGCUUUUAUUUCCCAUCAAGCACAAAGGAAGUGUGUGUGUGUGUGUGUGUGUGUGUGUGUGUGAGAGAGAGACAUAUAGAGCGAGCUCAUGCAUAAGAAAAUGAAUACUUUUCAAAUUUAAAAUAUGAACCUUUGUGAGAACUAUAUAUUAAGAUUCUUAUUUUCUCACAGUAAAAUAAGGAUAUCUUUGGUGUGAACAGUCUGUUUUCUCUCUUAACCUUAAAUGUAACCUGUUGGAUGGGAGGCUUCAUUGGCUGUGUUUUUACACCAAUUGAUGCAAGUCCUGCUCCAGUCUUUUUUAAAAAACUCUUUUGCUACGUCAAGUGUUCUCAGUGGUGGUUAAAUUGUGAUUAUGAAGUUUUUUUUGCCAAAAUCAUGUUACCUGGGCCAUUUUCAACAGCUUUUCUUCUGCAGAGCUCCAGUAGCUCAUUGGCAAUUCUCCUCUGAGUCGUGGGCGGAGACAGCGCUGCUCUGCACACUCCUCUUCACACUAGCUUGCAGUCUAACAUUGCCAGUAUAGUACAAGUGGCAGGUAACAUAGGAGCUACUCAGCUCUCGGACACUAAUGUCUUUGGAGACAUGAUGAAAGUUAAUAUCAUUAUUAGCUUUCUUAUGAGCAUUGCAAUCCGCCGGUCUGCAUAGCGGCUCUGGGGGCGGAGCUUGGAUUUGUGACGUAGGAAAUCAUGUUCCCAGAACACAUUAGUGUCCAAGAGCUGAUAACUCCUUUGUUACCUGCCACUUGUACUACACUGGCAAUGUUAGACUGCAAGCUAGCAUGAAGAGGAGUGAGCAGAGCAGCGCUGUCUCCGCCCACGACUCAGAGGCGAAUUGCUAAUGAGCUACUGGAGCUCUGCACUCUGAAAAUGACACAGGUAAUGUGAUUUUGGCUGAAAACUUAAUUAUUACAAUUUAAAGACCACUGAGAACACUUUAGGUAGUAAAAAAAAAGAUUGGAGUAGGACUUCAAGCCAGGUGUCAGAAGAUAAAACAAUAAAACAGUGAAUAUUAAAGAAAAAAAAAGUCUUAAUGUUAGUAUUUUUUUUUUCCACAGUAUUACGUCUGUGGCCAACAAAGACCUUUAAAAUGCGUUGUGCAGACCCAACACCCUUAAUGACGAAAUUAUUUGUCCAUCAAAGCAGAAGUUUUCUGACAAUUUGAAAAAGAAAAAAGACUCUGUGUGGCUUUGCUACGUGUCUGUCAUCUGUCAGGAAGCAUUAGAUUUGAAGGUGUGGAGACCUGUCUGAGCAGAAGUCCCUAUGAUGUAAUACUUAUUGCCCAUCCAGCAUGUCAAAUAAAAACAGUCACCCAGCAUCCCUGGCUGCUCAUGUCUCCAUGUAGGGGGUAGAGUUUAACAGCUAGAAAAUGGGAGCUGCAGGAAGGACCACCAGCGAUGCUGCCCUGUUAACAACCCGAGCGAAUCCGAGCACAUCAGCCAGCACGUGUCAGCGCUUCCUCAACCUACUGCUGGAAAUGAAAAGCGGUGGUUGUGUCAUGGGCAGUCUAAUCCCCCUCAACCCCACUCACCCCUUUGCCCCACCCAGCACCGACAGCUGGUGCAGACGCUUGUUGUGGCUCCACUGUCCGACAUUACUGGCUGAGAGACGGCUGAUGGAGAUCACUAGGUGUGAAAGUUGUCUACGCAGACUGACAGAUUGACGGACUAACAGAUAUUCAAUUGAAAACACGUCUCAACAGCCAGUUUGAAGCCAAGAGAGUUCAGAGAAGUCAUUCACUUUGGGCUUUGCUUUUAGAUCACACUGUUUGCUAAGGCUGCCUUCACCCCUGACCUCUGAUUUUCAGUUUCAGCCUUGAUGGCAUCAGGUUUGACAGGGACCUUUUCUGCAAAAGUAACAGGUCACAUGUGGCUGCCAUUUCAUAACAUCAGCAAACCACCUUUCUGUUAGGUCCAGAGGAGCUCAAACAGAAGCUGUAGUUCACAGAGCAGGAGAGGCAAACAGGAAGUUGGAUCCUGGACUUGUAUCUGCCGUGUGGGGUUGGCCCUCUGUGGAGAUUAACAGGGUCAGUUUGCUGGCCUGACUUGGCUUGACAUAGUUGGGGGAGGAGACUUAUCAGCCCUCACUCUCACCAGAGGAACUGCUGUCCUUUUCACCCUCACAGAGCUGAAGUAGAACAGGUUUGGUCACUGUUACAGAAACAGUUUGAAUCAGUGAACCAUUUUCUCCAUGAAAAGUGUCUCAUUUCAUGGCACACAAAUGUGUGUCUUUGAACUUUUACACAUUUAUGUUGUAUUUGAUCCUGCAGUUGAUGAAGAAAAGUAGCUUAUAUGCCUCCAGCAGGCACUGGUGUGGUGUGCUGCCAAGUGCAGAGUUGCUGGGAUAAAGGCCAGCACCUGUAAGUAUUGCCCCCUCCCCAGGAGGAAAGUGGAGCUGAACCAAAAUGAAGGACUUUUAGUGUCUCAGGGUCUUGUUAACAAGUGAGGAGAGAAUGCAUCAUGAGUUUGACAGCUGCAGCAGUAAUGUGGGUGUUGCACUGGACUGAUGUGAUGGAGAGGGAGCUGAGCCAUAAAGCAAAGCUUUUGAUUUAGCAGUUGAUCUAACCCUAACCUUAUGAACUGUUGGUGUGAUUUAGAGUAUGAGAUUGGGGAAAUAUACAGUUAUAAUCAGGUUCUCUGAGGAGUGGCUGGGCUCAGCCUGAGAAAGAGAGAGAGAGCGUGGAGCUCGGACAUCCAGGGCAGCUUGAAGCAGAGUUGUGCCUCAAUGGCAAUGAUAAAGUAAGGGUCAUCUACAUGUCCCCUGUAGGAUUGUAAUCAACCAAAGAAGUUCUUGGUCGACUAAAACCCUGAAGUUUUCAACCAAAAAAUUGACUAAUGGGGGGGUAGGGUUCCGACUCUGAUGGCAAACCCAUCUGUGGAGGGGUGAAAAUAUACUGAUAUCAGCAGAAGAAGGCAGAUAAACACGAUGAAAGUUGAAACGCUCAAAAUAAAAGUAAAUAUUUGGUAAACCACCGGACGUUGAUUAACGUGGACGUUCUUGGUUUUUCAAAUUUCCUGUCUCUAGCCGGUCUCCAGUGAGUUGGGCGAAUCCAAAAUGGUGAAAAGACAGGCUGUUACCUGUGAAACGAGGGUACUUUGAAAACAUCCCCAUUAACACUUGGUACGUCCCUCCUGAUGAAAUGAACCAUAGACUGUAAAUUGGGGCGGAAAAAAAUUUAGUUCUGGUCGACUCAUUACAUACCGACCAGUAAGUCGACGAGGACUUUACAGCCCUUGUCCACUGAGCACAUCUUUUUGAAGGUCUUCUAAGGCAAAUACAUUUGUAGGAAAUCCUGAGGUAGAUCCAGGCUGUCCUGCAUGGGAACUGGAAAGCUUUGCAAGAGAGAGGGGUGUCUGGAGGAACUUGUAUAGUCUACCCCAACUCAGCUCUGGAUGGGCAGAAGAGAAUGGAUGGAGGAUGUUUGGAUGGGUAAUACACAGUAUUCCACAAACUCACUGUAAUUUAAUCACAUUUCUUUGUCUGUUCCAGAAAAGUUCAACACCUAUGUGACACUGAAGGUCCAGAAUGUCAAAAGUACAACUAUCACUGUGCGGGGGGACCAGCCUUGCUGGGAACAGGAUUUCAUGUUGUAAGUGAACAUAUCCUUUAAGUCUCUAUGUAUAGGUUUGAUGUCAGACAACUUGGACCUAUCAAAGUACACCACAGACACAGAAAGCAAUGCGGCUUCAAACUCGUAGAAUGACAGAAGACGGAACCAAGUUGUCCAUAGUAUAUUCCUGUCUAUGGUAACAACAGAUUCUCCACCGUCAUCAUUGAAACAAAUGAGGAGAUAUUUUAGGAGGAAUGGUGUUUAUUCCUCUGGUAGAGAUCCAGAUUCAUCUUUAUAUUUCUUAAAGCGAUGACCUGGUUACGUAGUCUUUUGUUUUUUAACAAGCCAAGCAUUUAUUUCCAGGAAAACACCUUGAUAAACAGCUGCCGCUCAUUUCCCUCUCAUAUUCAGGGGUUUAAUUUCCUCAUUUUACCCUUGCUGUGAAAGGUAUCUAUGGUGACAAGAGAGCAAGCACCUUGUUUCAUGUGUGUCAUUGUUUGUCUUUUGUGAACUCCCUCAUUGCAACACUGUUUAUUUUUCCAGGCCUUCAUCCCUCCUCUGUCCAUUAAUGAUGCAUCAGCCAAAUUAGUCAUUAAUCAUUACCGCUCACCGAAGCUCCCAGCGCCACCUUUUCCUAUAAAAUAGAUUUAUAGGGGAUGACUCAGCUCUUAUGUAAAACAUUUUGAAAUGUAAACCUAGAUUGAAUUAGUGGCAGUUUAUUCUGUUAUUAUUUUUGAUAACUAAAAAUAUAUUUUAAAUACGUUAAAUAAGGACAGGAUUGACAUUUACUACCUCAAUGCCAUGGACAUUGUGUAAAAUGACAAUUAAACAAGAAUUUGACGAUUUCCAAAUCAUUUGAACUCUAUGUGGUAUUAAACAUAGUGCAAAGAUAACACUAGUCAGUGAUUUCCAAAAAGAUUGACCAGUUUUGAUUUGUCAGACUGCAAGAAGCAUUUUCUACUUACUCUUAGUGCAAAUUAAACAGUUUCAGACCCUGAGAAGUCGUUGGCAUAUAUAAGGAUUUGCAAAACUGUGAAAUUGUGUUUUUAUCACAGCGUCAAAACUCCUUAUAAAACUGGGGAUGUGAUAUGCAGGAUGGAAAAGUUCUUCACUUGACCUGUUAUUGGAAGUUAAUUUAUUUUUUAGUUUUGUAAAAGUGAUCCUGGUGAAACUAAAAGAACUUGCUGGAGAACGGUCUUACUUACAUGUAGAAAUGUCAGGUUCUAGUCAAAGAACAGCUUUGUUUUACAGUCUCAUUUUAUAUAGUAGUCUUUACAACAGAUGUCUUUCAGUAAGAUUAGCAACAGCCGGGUUUGAACGCCUUACUGGAUUCAUUUAUUCAGCGCAAUUUUGAAUGAGCAAAUAAUUUAGAGAGCGUACAUCUCUGCACCUGGCACCCUGGUUACUCAGCCCCCUGCCCUGCUGUUCUCUCAAUUAGCUGCUCCCUUUGAUUAUCUCUUCUCUCAUCUUCCUUUUGUUAAGCCUUUUGUUAAUCAUACCUGCCGCAGACGAGAAUAUGCAAAUGUCUUGAGCCCUUGUCGUGCGGCUGCUUUCAAAUUCGAUAUGCCAUUUUGCUGCUGUCAUCAAGCUGUUGUUUUUUUUUUAGCUCUCUGAACAGCAAGUUGAAUGACAACAUAAGGCUCGAUUGUGUUAUAACAGCUAAUACGCAACAAAAAGAGGAAGUAUCCUUUGUUAUCAUCUCCCAGUCAUAGAGCAUGGCAGCAGUUAUGGGUCAUUGAGAGUUGAGUGGCAUCAGGGAAAAGUUUGCUCUUAUUUGCUCACAAUUUGUGGAUCACACCUAUCCCUAAUGUCAAAUUUACACCGUGAAACCUGAAUGCUUUCUUUCUCCUCAGUGAGAUCAACCGGCUGGACCUCGGGCUCAUCGUUGAGGUGUGGAACAAAGGCCUCAUCUGGGACACCAUGGUGGGGACCGCCUGGAUUCCUCUUAAGAGCGUCCACCAGUCAGAGGAGGUUAGAAAUGCACUAACGCUUGGUUUAUGUUGUCUAGAAACGGAGCAUUUAAUACCAAAAACCUUGGAUGGGAAUACAUUUACUCAUAAACCUGAAAAGAUCUGAAAAGAGUUUUUAAUUGAAAAAAAAAAUCAUAUUUCAUUUAUUAAUAUUGCGUUUUAUGAAAAGGUUUACAUUAAAGGUCGUUACACACCAGCAAAUUAGCAAAGCAAAUUUGUAAAGUGAAUAAUUCUCUUUUUCUAAAACCUCAAAGUCAAUUCAAGCUCCAACACCGACUACGAACUUCCACAGGGCAAAAAAGCGACUGUAAUUUUUUCACCCCUGUGGCGAAUUUUGCGAACAUUCACAGGUAAACUGCUUUAUAAAUCUAUAGCCUAAUAUAAAUCUUAGCUCAGACAUGUUGUAAGCCGUUACUCUGGAUAAAUCAGUAAUUUUUCCUCUCCCUCUACAAACGUGGAGUCAGCUGAUGGAGCAGUUCUUGAAAUUGUCUGAGGGACAUUCAGGAUACGAUUUAAGCUCCUGGGUUGUUGUGUGGAGCUCCCCAGUCUUCUCUCGCAAGGACAGUAUUGGAUGUACCCAGACACUUUGAUUCUUCUUUUUCUUUUUGUUCUUUAAUAGGCUUACAACCACGACUAGGUCGUCAUCACUUGAGGAUGUAGUCACCAAUGUUUCUCCCUCUUCACUCUCCCCCUCUUUUUUCUCCUGUGGUGUAUUUUUAUGCGAAUAUCCAAAUUUUAUUCACGUCACACCAGGUGUGUAUAGUUUUUCACGUCACUUGGCUAAUUCGCCGGUGUGUAACGACCUAAAGAGAUGUACUAGGAAACAUUAAUGGGGUGGAUGGAAGGUACAACAACAGUCACAAAACGGACAGAUUUCUCACACAGAUCAAAAUCAAAACUGUUGAAUUGCAGGAAGGUUCAGGCGAGUGGAUCUGUCUGGAUGCUGAGGUCCUGAUGAAAGCAGACGAGAUCUACGGCACAAAAAACCCAACACCUCAUCGAGUCCUGCUGGAUACUCGCUUUGAGCUGCCUUUUGGUGAGAAAUCUUAACAUGCAGAAAAAAAAUAAGAAGUACCAAUGAGUAAACCGCAACAACAAAAGUUUGUAUGCUUAUGUAAGACAUUUCCAUGCUAGACUGGGUGCUUCAGAGACAGAGUGGGUACAUUAGUGAAGCUGGUUACCUGAGGGCAAAUCAAAUCUUGAUCCACUGACUUACUAAAAGGUCAUCCAUGGACACAGUUGAAAUGUCACCAGGCAGUAGCUCAGGUUAGACAGAACCAGUGAUCCACCCUGGAGCCUUUAGUCUUUAUUGGAAUACUAUGUACUCAGCUCAAAAUAAAAAUGUAAUACUUUACAAGAAAGAGGUUGGAGUUGUAAUUUUGUGUUCUUGACGUCGUAUCAAUCAGCUGAAUAAUGAGAAGAAGAAAAUUUCUGUCACCAGCUUUCAGCUUCUAAAAGGUCCCAUGUCUUUAUCUUUGUCUGGUUCAGCUCGGGGUGAGGAGUGUCUGUCCUGCUUAAUUGGCAUUGACUCAGGAGGGGCAGAUCUUCUGUUAUUCACUUAGGCUCAGUAAAUAGAAUUUUGCCUUUAAAAUGUUGUCCCAUUGUGGCCAACUGGGUUAAGAAACCAGAGUAUGACUGCAGGAGCGUUAAGGUCCAUUAACCACUUACAGUCUAACGACUUAAAUACAAUCACUCACAGCAGAAUUUACAGUUAAUACACAUUCUGAAUGAUGUUCAAUGUCAUUCUUACUGCAUCUAUAACUCCUGAGGAAAAAAAAAUCUAAAUCUCUAAAGGGACAGGAUGUUCGACUUAAUGAAUUAAAGUUAAAUGAAAACAAAAGUAGAAGAUACUAAAUUAAGAGCACCGAAACAGCUCAAUAAAAGACAAUCCUGUCAUUAAAACUAUAGAGAUAAAUGCUAAAACACUCAAACAAAGUUAAGUUAAUGAUAUAAAAUUUAGUUAAAAGCAAGACUAAAACGGUACAUAGACAUCUAUGUUGACCGUACAAUGAAUCCAGCAGUUUUUCUAAGUGCUGCCUGCUGCUGGACGUAUAUUUGAUGAGUUAAUAUGUUGAAUUGCUAAUACAAAAUUACUCUAUUGAAUGUCUUCAACAAUCACGACUACUGUAGCUACUUCAGUUCUGUUCAUUAGGAAUUAUGCCAGAACAUACAGUAUAUAUAUCAUUAGAUUAAUAUGAAAACAGGGUAUUUGAAGUCCUAUUGAUACCGAGCAGUUUGUCUUUAAUUAUGUUGUAGUUUUGUGUAAAUUGACCAUCUAAAGGAAAAAAAUUGGAUGCACUUAAAGACUGGAGGUUGAAAUGUCCCCUCCCUCUCCACAGUCUCUGUUUUGCCAGAUCUGAUCUCGUGGCUCGAGCCUUGAGAUCAAAAGGCAUCAAAGUCAAAGCAGGGCGUCUGUUCACUGAGUGGGAGAGAAGCUCUUUCUCUGUUUUGAGAGAAAACCUUUCAAGAUUGCAGGAGGCCAUCAUGACUAUCUGUGCCACCAGGGCCAUUUAUUAAAGCCGUUGGUCACUUUGUCUUUGAAGCCCCGGCCUUUGUGUCUGUGGCCUUUAAUGUGCAUCUGUUUACAGCGUGGUGCACGUCUCUUUUAGCCGUAGAAAAGCUUGAGACGACCUGAAUCAGGAUUUUAAGGUUUAGUUUGUUACUUUUAGCACGAUCUUAAGCAUUUCUCUACCUUCUCGUACUUGUUCCUAUAACACAAAGAAAAGACAAGAAAUCUAUUUUUGGUCUCUUAACAGCUGGUGGUCAUUGUAACUAUUUUCAUUUCAUGGUUUCAGAGGCUUAUGAGAAAUUAAAGAGGCAUUAAAGUAUAAUGAUACUGACUUAGAACGUGAUGUUUAAGCACUGAGAGAGCAGGAUGUUAUAUUUAAAGAUAUAUUAACCUGUAUGUUUGUAUGUGCCAGACAUCCCAGAUGAGGAGGCGCAGUACUGGACUGGGAAGCUGGAACGCAUCAAUACCAUGAGAAUCCAUGAUGAGGUAAAGGACAGAUGUUACUACAUCAAGGAAUUAAGUAAAUUAGAACGCUGUUAUGUUAAACCUACUGUGUGCAGAUGAAGUAGAAUUUUUUUGCUAUCUUUGUUUUUUAUUAAAAAGAUGAUCCCAAUUUUUUAAGAGUUAGGACGCUGUACUAAAUCAUAAUUAAAAUAGAAUUUGAUGUGUUUCAAUUCAUUUCAAUCCAUUUUCACAAGAAAACUAUUUAUAAGCAUGUUCCAGAAGUGCUGGUCAAACUUUAUGAAGUGAAACUGUCCUGUGGUCUGACAAAUCCACAUUUGACAUUCCUUUUGGAAGUCAUGAACAAAGUAUUCUCUGUUGGCAUGGAUAGCUGACACAACCGGGAAGGCAACGUUAAUGCUGGACAAAUAUACAAGUUUUGAAGGAACAAAUGCUGCCAUCCAGACAAAGACUACAACAAAAAAAAAAAAAAGGAAGGCAGACUACAUUUAGUGCACAUUACAACAGCAUGGCUCCACAGUAGAAGAGUCCAGGUGCUAAACUGACCUGCCCGCAGAGCUUACUUGUCACUUUUUAAAACUAUAAAACUAUUGCUGCAUCAAAACACAAAAUUUACCAUCAAGGACACCCCAGCUGAAGUCCUGUAUUAGAUAAGACUGGGCAGUUUUACUUUCAAAACCCUGAAACUGGUCUCCUGGGUUACCAGAUGUUUACAGUCUGUUGCCAAUAGAAGAAAAGAUGCAACCCACCACUGAAAACACCCUGUCCUGGCAGUUUUGAUCAAAUUAAAAAUGAACUGUUUUUUUUUUUUUAAACAAUACCCUUUUUGUUUCAACAUUUCAUAUGUUUUCUUUGCACUACUUUCAUCAAAUAUGAUGUUUAAAUGAUUUGUUAACCAUCAUACUCCGUCACAUUUCACACAAUGUCCCAGCCCUUAUGGAACUGGGCUUGUAUUUGCAUGUUACUGUAUUGAGCAUCUUAUUUACAUCAUGCUAAUGUAUUUUUAUGCAUCAGGAAUUGGAGAGGCACAAGUUUACUGCUGUAUUAAAAAUAGAAUUAUGAAGAUUUCAGAGAAAAUACACCUGAUACCUGUUUUUUUCUCUCUCAUCUAUUGUAGUACCCUCUUCAGGAUGUCAUUCAGAGCCAUCCGCUGCCGUUUGCACCUUCUCAGUGUUGUGAGUCUGCUUGCAUGUACUACUCUUGUCCUCUAGAUGGAGACAGUUCUCCACUAUUACAGUUCUGAAGCCCUUCUUUUUACUGUUGCCAUCACUUCCUUGACCCUUUUGCACUACCUAAUGUAAUAACAAUCUAAUCCUUUCUGUCAGAGUUGAAAAUAAAGAUUAUGCUUUUUUUUAAAUCCAGUCUUUAACUCUUUUUAAAAAACUGAACUCAUGUCAUUUAUUCUUACUGAUGGGACAGUGUAAGUUUCUUUUCCACUCUGAAAACCACCGAUGACCAUGCAUCCACCUACUGUUGAAGCACAGGGGCACUUUAUUAUUUUCACAACCCCUACAUCCUCUGAUUGUACCUCUCACUUGUAAAAUCUGCACUUUUACCAGGCAACUAUUUCGGAUGGGCUGACCCACUGAGUAUGUAAAACCCACUUUAAAUCAAAUUCUCCCUCUGACCAAUCCUCUAUCCCCUUUGCAUGUCCUAAUGCCCAAUACUUCAAGUAACAUUUGACCCGUAAGGCUCCCUUGCAUUUAAUUCUCAUUGCUUCACUCUAACACUUGAUUUCCCCGAUGCUUUCCCUGAAUCCCAUAUUUCUACUUGCCGUCCUGCUCUUGAUGUUUCCCUAUUUACGUUGCUCUCUGUUGACAGCAUUAUUGUCAUAACCCAUGUUUACAUCGUAAAUUAUUAUGUUUACGAUGUAUUAUGUUUUGUUUAUUAUGAGCCAUAGUUCAGUACAACUUAUUGAAAGCCCUUAUAUUGGCCUUUAUAAUGUUCUAAUUUCUUUUAACGGUUUCAGUGAGACUUUGUUUAAUUCCUCUUUAGUAUUGAGAUUGAAGGUACUGAACAAAAACCUUUUUAAGUGCUUGUUAAACAAUAGAAAAAGUCUAAAUUGCAGUUGCCAUGACAUUUUAUUUGCUUCUCACUUUUCAUUGAGAGAUACCAGCAGAUCCAGUUUGACUCUCACGUCUUUCAUUUGGAAGGAGGCUUGCACUUAUAGCAAUAAUAUAGUCUUUAAAAGGGCGUGCCCUGUACCUAUGAACCUCAAAGCCUGUAGUGUUUUCAUGAACAUCUAACGAGGGUGAAUCCUCCACUUUGGGUCAGUGAUGAGCAGAAUAUCCUUGCCUGCUGUUUCAAGUAGAGUCUGCACAAUCAUUCUCCAAGAGAUCCAUGUAUUGAACUUCUCCUGUUUGCCUGUUGCAGCUCUGGAUGAUCAGGACAGUGCUGUAGAUGACCGGGAUAGCGACUAUCGUAGUGAGACAAGUAACAGCCUGCCUCCUCGAUACCACACGACGGCUCAGCCCAACUCAUCAAUGCACCAGUAUCCCAUGGGGCCCAGGCAGCAGCACCAUCCAGACUCCUGCACAGACUCUGUCCACAGUUUUGACCUGGACUAUAGGGACCAGAGAGGGAACAGGUAAAGAGUAACCACAGGGUCAUCCAUACACUAAAAUCUGUUUGCCUCGGCCAUAAUGACAGGGUUUGAUUUGAAGCUCAAGCCAGUUACAUAAGUCAGUUUUCAGCAGUCCCUCUGAUAAAAACACCUGAUUAAAUCAAAUGUAAUAUAGCAUGAUGUCAUUGUUGAUGUUUCAGAGUGUACUAAUAUCAGAAAAAAGCAAAGCCUUCCAGCACACAACUAUUUUAAGCUGUUCAAAGUCUAAAUUUGCAAACGAGUGCCAAUGUAGAUAAUGCUGCAUCAGAGAAACACGGGAUUACAGCGAAGGGGAGUUUUUUCACAUUACAAAUGCUCUGGACUUGAUUUAGCCUUAUCACUGAGGAAAUCCUUCUGUCACACACUGAGGGAGUGGGUCGGGGGAAAAACUCACGCAGUUCCUCAGUGAUUAAAGCAUUGUUGCUUAUACACCAUAUGGUGGUGAUUUAGCACUAUGAAAGAGUGCUGUCUCUGACUGAGGGUCAUAGUGCUGAAAACCAUGACCGCCUCUGUUAGGAUUUAGAAAUAUAAGGCACGUUCAAACAUGGAGAAAAAUGUACUUAUGAACAUGUUUGUUUCCCGUGUACAUUCAACAAUUGUCAUAAUGCUUAAUUUGUGUUUUCAUUUUCUCUCUUGUUUGUUUGCUUCUUUUUUCUGUCCCUGUAUCCAUUCCCAUUCCUUCUGACAUCUGUUGUUUUCACCUAAGUAGAUCUUUAAACCAAAAAGGAAGGGUCAGAAUUAUACCUGUAGAUUCUGGUAUGGGGGUGGACGACUGGGAAAACAAGUACAAAGGAAAGGGGAAGCCUCAACUGAGCGACUUCUUGGAUGAUGAGGAAGACAACAUUAUCCUUCGAAUGGGAAGACCCAUUUCUGAACCGCCCCACAACCACCAAAACACUCAGCGUAGCGGCUUUCUUCCUGCCACAUACCCUGAAGGUUAUGACACCAUUGAUCGGCGGCGAAAGAAAAAAAUAAGAGACCCUGGAGGGUUGCUCAGCUCAGAGACAGACAAAAUGAGAGAAAAGGCUUUUCCCUCUGACCUUGAUCUGCUCCGUGAUAAAAGAGGGGAGCUGUUCAUGAGACAGGUUGCAGAGAUGCAGGAAGAAGAGGAGCGACUCACAACGUGUCUCAAGCCAUACAGGAAUGGACUUCUGUACAAGACUAGGAUGUGGGCCAAGACUGAACUGGACAACACGUUGGAGAAUUAUGUGGCAUACAAAAAAGAGCAAGAUGCUAGAAUGAGGGCAAGGUUUGAUUUUGAUUUAGAGAGUUCUGAGGAUCUGGACUACCCCACAGGAGCAGAGGAGAAUAUGGAUGACAUGGCCUUUAAACCUAUAGAUUUUCACCCAGAGAAUGCAAGACAUCACAGAAACAAGUUUUCAUUUUCCUGUGAUGGCCAGGUGGAAAACUCUCAAAGUAUUCGGGAGAAGAAGUGUGGAAAAGCUAAAAUUGGUGCCUGGGUUCCAGAGGCUAUGCUGUCUCCUGUAGAAGAACCCAGUGAUGAAUAUGUUGAUCCAAUGGAUGAGCUUCAGUGUCUUGUUGAAACUGUCUCUGAGUACCUGGCUGAAAAAGAGGAGGAAAUUAGUAAAUACGGCUCCCUUCCCAGAUCAAGCAAAUCUAGGCUAUCAUCUCAGGGUAGUAUUAGAACCGAUUCGUUUGCCGAGGACCAAAAUAGCUCACAAGAUCCAAAGGUGGGACCCCAAUCGCACACUCCAUCUGAUCAGAGUACUUCAGUAAAGAAUGCAAUGAGCUCAUUAUUUUCUUCUCUCUCUAACAAAGUUGGAGGAAGCCAAAAACAGUCUGCCCCCAGUCCACAAGCUCCACCUACACAACCAGCACAAUCUGGACUGACUAAACUAUUGUCCUUUAUACCCAAGUCAAAUAGCACAGCUCCUGUAGCAGUUGUGUCUCCGGUCGAAAGUUCCCCUGAACAAACGUUCAGUUCUUUGCCUUAUCAGCCACAAAGUGAUGCCAAGACACAGAGUUAUAAUCAAGACACAAAAGCCCCCACAAGAGUUCAUAAUCAAACAAGUAAAAAUGAAUAUGUACCUGAGCUAGUGACCAAACCUCAGAGUUCUUCAGGAAACUCAGUCCUGGGAAAACUAAAUCCUUUGAAGCUUUUUGCUGCAGGGGAAAAUUCAGCUGAGAGCAAACAGGGAACAGAGUCCACAUAUUCUGAAAACCAAACACAUUGGGAUGAAAAGUGUGUUCACCAAGGUAAACAGAUAAACAACACAGAUGCGCAUAAGACAUCAGAAAAGUUCAGAAUUUCUUCACAAGAGAAACAACUGAGACACAAACCAGAGACGAAUGUAUAUGGAAAACAACCCCCCCAGAAUUACAAUCAGGGAACUGUUCCUGUUCAGCCAGCAAAGCCAACAGGCCAGACACAAGCAGCUAGUCCUGGGUUCUUCGGUUCUUUAAGUUCGCUGAUCAGUCCAACUGUACCUGUUCCACCUCAGAGAUCUUCACCUGUGGCAGUUUAUCCGGUGUUCAGGUCAGGUGAUGAACCCAGACUGGAGAAACCAGUUGAGGAGCCAUUGUUGGGUGGUAAAUUUAAGCUGCCUUUCCUCUCUUCUGAAAAUAUCUCCACUCAACAGCAUCCUAGAGCAACGAACACUCAAAAUAUUGGCCAAUCACAUCCAGGGUCAACUUCUUCAACUACUUCAACACAGAAUCCUGCUGUGCCACAGGAACAGCCAGAGAGAGGAUGGUUUUCAAGUAUAUUUAACCCUAGCUCUGAGCCCAGUGGUUCAAAUCCGAAUCUAGCCGGCUAUCAGCAGUCUCAGAGCUCCAAAGCACCACAAGGCCCACAAGCUCAACAUUCAGCAAACCAGAAACCAACAGCAGCCCAUCAUGGGUUGCAGCAUCAAGCUUCUAAUCAACCUGGACCACAGAAUUUUUUGACAGGUAUCUUCAAAGGAAGCUCAACUGAAGACAUCCCUCAUAUGAGCUCCAAUCAACCCAAACAAGGAGGACUGCUAUCCGGACUUUUAAAAUUUGGCUCUUCCAGUGAUUUAUCUAGCAGUUCUCCUCAACAGGCAUCCCACAGCAAUCCAUUACAGAGGAGCAGCCCCUCACAAUUCCCUCAUCACCCAUCCCCACAACAGCAUUCGCCAGCUUCACAAAUGGGGCGCUCAUCAAAGUUUUCAUCAACAGGAAACAUACCAAGUGAAUCCCAGCUUGGUGAAGCUGAAAGGCUAAGAAAUACACCUGGUACCCAAUCCUCUGAUGAAACACAGCAAACUCAAUCUCAGGUGAAGGGGCUGUUGUCAGGCUUUCUAAAGUUUACAUCAUCUGAGAAUAUUUCGAGCAACCAAGCAGGUGAACGCCAACAGACCAGAGUUAGUCACAACUUUAAGGAUUCCAACCAACAGAAUUCUCCAAACCAAGUGCCUCAUCUUAGAAACACAACCCCAAGUCAACAAGUUGUCCAACAGGAGACGAGUAAACCAGGCUUUACCCGCCAGCAAACUGUUCCACCUCAGCAACCACCACCCCAGAGAAGUGGUCUGUUAUCUGGUCUUUUUAAAUUUGCUUCAGCAGACAACGUAAAUACUCAACAGCAGCCAACAUCGCAGUGGCAGGCAGUCACCCCAAGUAUAUCAAGCUAUGAACAAACAAUGGCAAGAAACAACCCGCCAUCUAUCCAACAUGAACCCCAAAAUAGUUCAACACAAAGAACAAGUCUGGGUCCACUUUCUGGUUUAUUUAAGUCUUCGGAAAAUGUGGCUGAACAACAAAAGCCCACAAACAUCCAUGGGUUACGGCAAAUGAAAGAGCAAAGCUGUCAGACUCAUGAAACACAGCCAGAGACAGCAAGCUCUGGAGUUCUCUCAGGGUUAUUUGGUAAAUUAACAAAAUCAUCGGAAAACAUUGACACAAGCAGCAGGACACCAUCAGAACAAAUGCUGCAACAGAGAGCCAAAACUACAAUCACAAGCAAGUCCACAUUUCAAACACAGUUACAGACUAGUGCAGCCCAACAAGUCGCACAAGAACAGGCAGUCAAAGAGAAAAGAAGUCCACUAACUGCCCAGCAAGGCUUCCUAUCAGGAUUGUUCAGUAAAAAUGUUACAGAGGAUCCUCCCACUCACAAACAAGGACAAGAGUCCGAUCAGAAUAAAGAACAACAGAUGUCCAAAGAGAUACCUUCAAGUACAUUGAACCUUGAGAGAGAUAGUCAUCUCAAACAUUUACCAGUCUCUCUCAAUCCAGGACAAAGCAGGCAUGCUUUCAUCCGUGCACCUGUCUCAGUUGAUACUGAGAGUUUGGACUUGAGAACAUCAGCUGUUUUUGAAAGGUCUCUUCAAAAUCAGGCAUCAUUUUCCUCAAUUAGCACAGGCAAUUUACCUCAGUUAUAUUAUGGUGGUUCACUUCAGUCAGUUCGCCCAAUGGCUUAUAGUACAGGAAAUAUUCAGUCACUUCUACAAACCAGGGGGAUGAACACACAACCGUGUAUUGGCAGAAGCAAUUCCUCCUUUCAUGGAGCUACAGGACAAAACCCUUACCAAGGUCAGAUUUCUCCCUAUGGAUCAAGUCCCAGUUAUGAUGAAAACCAGUGGAUCCGUGAAAGUGCUCUAUGGCAGCACUUUCAGAAUGAGUCACUGAAUUAUCAGAUGGAGGGAGGGGAUCAAGUGUACAGGAUGAGCGAUGACAGUCAUUUCCUACAGGCCUCUGAUCUUCACUGCAGCUCGUCAAAUAUAUAUCAGCCAUUACACUCCUCUACACCAUGGCAGAAUGCUGUUUGUCACCAAGAGCAAGUUGGACCAUAUCAGUUAGAUGGACAAAGGAGUGUUGAUCCGUUUCCCAAGAGGAAGUUAUGGAACAGCUAUGAGGAUUUGGGAAACAUGGAAUACUUACCCACCGAAGAGGGUGCGUUGAACCUAACCACCAAACCAACAAAUACAAAGUUUGGUAGCACUUACAGUUUGAAUGGGGUGUCUUAUCAUGAAGGCUAUUAUGAGGAGACUCCACCAAGCUUGUCUUACGCAGCAAACUGGCAAUAUGGCAAGGAAAAUGCAGUUCUACCAAAUUUUCAUACUAAUGGCAUGAUCCAUCAGAGUCAGUUCAACUUAAAUAGGCCAAUGAGUUCAAACUGUGCUCUGGGUGCCAAAACUGAGAUGGAAGACUCCAUGUACCUUGAAGACACAGAGUGGUACCAGCAGUGGCUUGCACUUUUGGAGCAAGGAAUGUGGUGGCCAGCAGAAGACGGUGACUGUGGCUACUUUGUUUAUACAGAUCAUGAGUACAUUUAUGCAUUGCUUACAGAUGCAGCAGGUGAAUAUGUGUAUGCCUGUACCCCUGAGGGUGAGCUCUUGGAAAAUCCCCAACAACGGGAUAGUUUUCCCAGUGCUUGGCUGGAAAAUGAAAUGGUCUGUGUCUGUGGUUUCAAAAUUCCUCUUUACAAUGAGGAUGAACUUCUUUGGUUACCUGGUCAAGAGCACAGCGAUUCUCAACUUCUGAAUGCUCCCCUAGAUUUGUCUGCUGCCUACAGGAAAGGAAAUCAGAUCAUGAAUUUGAAUCUUGAACAGUUCUCUGAAAUGUUUGAAAAUUCAUUCCUGUCACAAGGGCAACAAGGCCUUGAUAUUACAUCUUACAGAUUGAACAAAGUCAGGAUGGAUCCAAGACAUCCCAGUUAUGUCUAUGAAGACCAAUAUGGAGAUGUUAUUGACCUCUCCUGUCACAGUAGGGACCAUGUUGGCCCUUUCUGGAAUAACCAAGAAAUGAAGACAUUUCUUGCUCAAAAGGUUGCUGUUUCCUUGAACACUACCCCUACUUCAAAUUUAAAUCAGCAGUUACUUUACAACUGUUACCAACCUAGCCAAAGGCGACGUUCAUCUACUGGGGUUACAGUGAAACAUGUAGAUGAUGUGUUAGAGGAAGAAUGGAGGAUGAGAGUGUCAGCCGCUGAAGAAAAGCCUAAUCUUCCAGUCAAAAAGAUUUCUUCCCUAAUAUCUUCUUUUGUGGGCAAAGCACCACAGACUGAAUUAAACAAAACUAGUAUAUCAACUAGUCAAGCUUCUGACAAAAAUUCGAAAAACAUCUUGUCAUCAGGGUUCCAAAGCCUGAAGUCAAAGAUAAUCAAGGAGGACUCAACUACUGUAGUGACUCAGCCAGAAAUCUCUACAAGCCAAAUGCAAAGGCCUGUUACAACGCAAGGGAGAAUCUUGCCAGCAGUACCAACAUCUGCUCAAGUGACUCAACCCCCAGUCCAGUCACGUACAACUUCACAGAAACCAAGACUUUCACGUCAGACUACCAUGGCACAACAAGCGACCCCCCCACAACAGCCAAGUAUAGCAGUGCCUUUAAGGUCAACGGAGUCUCCUGUUAAACCUGGGCCUCCUGGACAUAUAAAAUCUGAUAAGCCACUGGAAACACCAGUAGAGAAACCAUCUGAACAGCCACAGACAGGCUUUAUGAGCUUUCUGAAAUCUACAGUAAAAAUAGAAGAACCAAAACUAGAUCCACAGAAAGGUCCUCCUCCUCGGGAAGGCAAAUCUGGGAGCACAGCUUCCUUGCCAGGCAGCGCUCCUCCUGACAAAGAGACUCCAGGAGUUUCAAAUCUCUUUGGAUCAUUCAGCAGCCUAUUCAGUACCGAGCCUUCUCCAUCUCAAAAACAGCAAGUAAAACCUAGCAGUACUGAAGGCUCACUGUCAUCAGCAACCAAACCUAAAGGUUUACAAAGACAGCAAACAAUGGACCAAACCAGUACCUCUAGACCUGGGCAGGGCUUGCCAAUGGGCAGUAGUGUACCCCAAGCAUUUCCUGCUAGUUCUUCUAAAGGCCCACCAACAGGUCGGGUAGAAUCUGUGCCACCUACAGAACAAAUAAAACAGGAAUCAGGAACUAAACCAUCUGGUGGACUGUUUGGAUUUUCAAUUGGUGAAAUGCUAACAGGAUCAACACCAGCUGCUCAAUCUGGUUCCACAUCUCAAACACCUGAAUCAGCCACUGCUCCUCAAGAAGAAUCUCUGGGUAAAAGUAUAUUGUCUAUGUUUGGUGGGCUAAAUACCCAGCAAGCUACACCUAAAACUGGACCAACACCUCAAGCACCUCCAACAAAUGCUCCCUCUGAACCUCCUCAACAGGAAUCACUUGGGAAAAGUUUAUUAUCAAUGUUUGGAGGAUCAAGUCCUCAACCCCCUGCUCCCCAGACCAAGCCAACUGUUGAAGUACAACAACGAGGAACUGCUCCUCCUAAAGAUCCCCCUAAUACAGGAUUUCUUUCAAUGUUUGGUGGUGGUAGCAAUCAACAGUCUCAAACAGGAUCACUCUUAGGGGGUAUUCUGCCUGGGUCAUCUAGUUCAACUGAGAGCCCGAGGAAGGGACUCUUGUCGUUGUUUGGUGACCCCAGUCCUUCACAACCCCAGCCACCUAUGUCAUCUAAACAAAGUCCAACACAAUCACAGCAUCAACACCAAGGGGCCACUCAGACACAAUCAAAACCACAAGUACAGCCUCAAGCAAAAGACCAGCAACCACCCUCUGUUCUCGGUGGAAUAUUUGGUGGCUUGUCAACCUCCAGUGAAAGUCCAGGGAAAGCUCUAUUCUCAAUGUUUAGUGGCCCUGCCGCUCCUCAAACCACAGGAGCUGGUGAGAGGACAAGUGUGCCUACUUCUGCAGGAGUGUCAGUACCCAGAGAGCCUGUGAGGAGUAUACCCUCUGUGUCACCUGUGCAGCAAACCCCAAAUUCAUCUCCUGCUAGUGCUACUGUUACUAAAGAGCCAACUGCUACUGAUGCACAAAAAUCUCCAUCCCAAGUGUCAUCUCUUUCUGAUAGCCAUGCUUCAGCAGCUACAGCAACUCCUGAAAUAUUAAGUGAAGCUAGUAAAUCAAUAGAUACUACUGUCGAUACUAAACAAGACACAAGUAUACAUCCCAAAAUAGAGUGUGAUACUGUGCCAAAAGAAACAAGCACAGAAGGUGCAUCCCAGGAUCCUCCCAAAGAAUCAACAGCUUCAUCUAUUUUGUCUAUGAUCAGCGGAUCAGGCUUGCAAACUCCAUCCUCACAAUCUGGCCAUACUUCAGACAGUCCUGGGAAAAGUUUACUUUCGUUAUUUUCUGGGUCCAGCAAUGUAGAUGCCUCACCUACUGGGCCUGCACCUGCAUCUUCAGGCCCCAGUGACCAACCAGCCAAAAGUUUAUUUUCUGUGUUUGGAGGAUCAGCCCCUCAGCCCUCUUCACAACCUGGAGCUUCAUUAUUAGGGUCCAUGUUUGGAGGUCCAUCGCCUCAGACGGCAGCUUCUCAAACAGGAGGAUCAUUACUCGGUGGUUUGUUUGGAGGGUCCGCCCCUCAGGCUGCUCCACAGGUUAGCCCCACCAAGACUGCUAGUUCUGCUCAUCAGACGGCAGGACCUCAGGCAGGAACAUCCCUACUUGGAGGCUUAUUUGGUGGAUCUGCCCCCCAGGCUGCUGGAUCUCAAUCUGGUGGGUCUAUUUUGGGAGGGAUAUUUGGGGGAUCAGCUGCUCCUGCAACUGCAGGACCCAUGACACUUGGAUCCUUGGGUGGAAUGUUUGGUGGGCCUGCCAACCAAACUUCAACUUCCCCUAACAGUAGCUCCAUACUGGGAGGAAUUUUGGGAGGGACAUCUCCUCAAACAUCUACUGUUCAGACCGGUCCAUCUCCUCCAGGCGAUACUUUACACAAAACUUCUGCUCAAAAUAAAACAACACCCAGUGCAACAGCUUCACCAAGAAGUACUGAUGACAAGAAAACUACACCUGUAACAGAUGUGACAUCAGUUCCGCCUGGACUUCCAAAACAGUGUGAUGAAAGUAAAACUGAUCCAGCUGUAGCUGUUUCUGAGGCACAUGCAAUUGAUACUGCGACCAAAAGUAAGGAGCAGGCAGAACCACAACAGCAAGCUGGUGGUGCAGUUGAGGGUCCUCAGGCAAAUCAACCCCAAAGUGAUGGCAGUAUCACAGGAGAAGCUUGUAACCAAGAUGCAGAGAAGCAAGAUGAUUUAACUAAUAAAAAGGAGUCUAAAGACCCUGAAAUACACGAACAAGCACAACACCCUGCAGGACCAGAACUUGUUAGUAGUCAGCUGAAUCAAGAUACAGUACCACCUAAGGUUGAAGAACAGGUCACACUACCAACAAAAGAAGUUGCCCAGGAACCAGAAAAGCCUUCACAGCCAGAGAAGUCUGUUGUUGACUCAACAGCAGAAACAGUUACAGGCUUCAUGUCCUCCCUUUUCAAACCAGCAGCUGCACCUACUGAAGCUCCACAGCAGCAGCAGAAGAGCUCGCUUUUUGGUGCAGGAGCAACAGCACCCCAAGCAUCUGCUAAUCAGCCAGGGGCAUCACUAUUAGGAGGAAUUUUUGGAGGGUCAAACACAGAAACAGCAGCUCCACAGACAGGAGUAUCAUUACUUGGAGGCUUAUUCAAGGGUGCUGCUCCUCAAUCUGGUUCUCAAACAGCCACCCCCACCAGUGGAGGGUCAAUAUUAGGUGGAAUGUUUGGAGGGGGACCCACUGCAAAAUCUACUGGUCCCCAAACUGGUGGAUCUUUACUAGGUGGUGUGUUUGGGGGAUCUUCAGCAGCAGCACAGCCUGGCGGGUCUUUGCUCGGUGGAAUGUUUGGAGGAGCCCCCUCUCAAACUGCAGGGUCACAAACUGGUGCAUCAAUACUUGGAGGCAUAGGGGGAUCUUUAUUUGGGGGUAUUGGACAACCACCCAAGUCACCUGGACCAGUGCCAGCCGAGCCAAAGCCGACACAAGGCACUGCUAAACAACAGCCAGUGGUUAAGAAUGAAAGUGUGCCACCAAAAGCACCUCCAUCUAGCAUAGAAAGUAGCCCAAAUAAGACUGUGGAAGCCCACCCAGACGAUAGUCUAAUAAAAUCUAAAAGCCAAACAGAGACAGCUUGUUCAGAAGUGCCUGCUGUCACAAAUGUUUCAAUAAGCUCUGCAUCUGACCCAGCAAAUCAAGGAGAUAAUGCUGAAAAGGAAAAGUCAGCUGUUAUAGGAGAGGUGAUCCAUGAAAAGCCCACUGUCAUUAAAGAAGAGCCUGAGAGUAAAGAUACUGACAGAUCUGCCCCACCUGAUAACAGAGUUACAAAUACUACCACGGCUCCUCCAGCAGACCAGAUGCCAAGUAAUGCCGAUUCAGCUCAGCCUAAAUCUCUGUUUGGUUUCAUAUCCACACAGACUGAUGCAGGAAAAUCUCUUGGAUCACUAUUUUCACCAACAGUGCCAUCAAGUGCUCAAGCGGAAGGAGGCACUGGUCUGUUGUCAGGAUUGAAAACCUUUUCUGGAGGCCUGUUUCAAGAAGAAAAGACCAGUUCUGGAAAACAAGAACCAUCCACAACCUCAUUAUUUGGGACUAAAAUAAGUCUUCCUUGGCAAACAGAGCCACCCAAGCCAGCUGUCCCAGUUAUAACAUCUCAGCCCAAAACUAACAACAAGCCUACAAGUGAUGGCACACAUACUUUACAAAAGGUUGCGACGUCUGAUGCCCAAAAUAUUGAAUCGGUAGGUUCCAGUGAUGGUAAAACAACUCCCCAGAUUUGCAUUUCCACUCCUGAAGUAGAUCCUUCAGCAUCCCAGGCCCCAAAGGAGGAGGAAAGUCUUGUAGAAACAGACCCCUCAGCAGGUCCUACCUCCGGAGUGCAGCUGGACAACCAGGUCGAGAAGGAUCUAUUGAAUGCAAAAAGGCUAGUAGAAGCAUAAUAAAUGGCAUCCCCCCUCACCAUUUAUGAUGCAUUGACAUCUUGGAAAAAUUGUAUUCCCUGUCCAGCUCCGCGAUCUCUCCUCUAGUUUUAUUUGGUUUUAGCUGAGUAUAUGUCUGUCUGUGUGGGUGUUUGUAUUCUCUUAUAUUAAUCUGUUGUGUCUGUUUGAUUUUCCAUGAAAUGACAAAACAGAACUCCAUGAUUUGGUUAUUUGUGAAAAAAACAUGGGUAUUUGUUUUCACAUCUAUUUGAAAUCACAUACAUUAACAAGAUUCUGGACUGCAUAAAUAAUGUUAAACUUGUUCAUGCAUGGACUUCUGAUUUGUGUUGUUUUGCAUUGUCUUGUUCUGACAAAACCAAAAUAUCCUCACCGUUCUAGCACAAACGUUUAGCCCUUUAAAUAUUGAUCCUGGAAAUAGAAACAGUUUUGUGAUUCCCACACACAGGUCACAUCAGCGUAUUUUAUUUUCUGAGAGUCAUUUGUUUUGAAACCUUGUGUCACCUUGAAGCAGAAAGCUUGGUGCCUCCUCAUGGCUGCACCUUACCUCGUACUCAAUACUAUCUAAGCUCACCCAUGGAAGACAAAGCUCUGUAGCUGCGAUGCCUCAUAAUCUGUACAUGUUUUCUGUAAGAGGAAACUGACUCAAUUGCAACAAAAUAUGCUGAUCAAUUUGUGUGUGGAUAAAAAUACCGUUUAACGGCAUCAGUAGUUAGAGUUCAUUUGAAUUUUUACACCCCCAUAAAGGGCUCUUAUGUAAGCUUUUUUGUGUGUGUUGACAUGCAGCAGCAGCAAAAUGGAAUAAGCAAAUGCAUUAAAUAAUGCACGUGCCAACACUUUGACACAUUUUUAUUAUUUUUCAUGCAACAGCCUUCCAGCAAGGUUAAGUGUCUUUCUAGCGCAGGACGGGGUGCUUGCAUACCAAACCAACCAAUAAUGAAGAGGCUCAUGAUAAAAAAUAGUCCCUAAGUAGUCUAAGAAGAUAUAGAAGGACCUGACAUCAGAGAAGAAAAUAUGAACUAAAAAACUUCUAAUCAUUGUUCUUUUCCAACAAAUUGAUUUUAAUGCGUAUUUUUCCCCAUUCCUUUCACAAAAUUUUAGUCCAGUGGAAAGUAGUCGCUUUGGGUCAUCUGGAAACCUGAGCCAGACCAGUUCCCAGCUUAGUGAAACUGGCCAGGAGAGCACUGGAGGUUCAGAGCUGGAGGAGUCCUUCCACUCCUUUCAUAGUGCUGGCUGUCAUCCUUCCAACAACGCGCAGUCUCGCACCAGUGGACAUCUUUCCACCAAUGGACAGGCCUCUGUUGGUGAACAGGGAGUUCACAGGCUGUCUCCUGAUGUGGGACAGGGUCUGAAAAAAGACACUCCAGAGAGACAGCCCUCUAAACUCAAAAGGUAUGUGACUUUCUUGUGACUUAAUUUGAUUCGUUCAAUUUUGAUUUUGAUGUACCUGAAAACUGAUGGAUUUUUUUUCCAUCUUUUUGUUUUAAUUAAUACAACCCAGGUUCCAUGAUGAUGGCCCACCACUGCCCUUUUCCCCGUCCAGAGUCCGUUGGUUGAAGGCCAUCAAUAAAGUCAGGGUCCAGCUGAGAGAGGUAGGCAGGGUCUCACUUUGGUACAGCUACCAACAAUUGCUCUCUCUAUCUCUAUCUCUCUUUCUUUCUCCUUUUUUGCACCGUGUGACACACGACAUGUACAGCGUCAUUACUGCAAACACAUAGAAAUACAUCAAAUGACUCCAGCAAUGCUAUGGAAAUGGUUGAGUUUAACCUCUUUUUUGUUUAAGAUGAUGUACUGACAUUAAACAAGAAAAACUAUGUCAUUUUCAUGUAUGUAUUGAUGUAUGUAUGUUUGUGUUGACUGUUAGGCUGUUUGCAGGCUACCCGAGUUUUAGUGUCUUAAAGACUCAGUCUUAAUUGCUGCCUAAUUCUUUGGUGAAGUCCACUGUCCUUUCAGUCACUCGUUGCUUCAAAGAUAGUUAAUGAGAACAUCAGAAACAAGAAGGGUUUUAAGGAAAUGAAUGAUAAACCGUGACUUAGACCCGAUGUUGUAGACCAGAAUUUAUAUCCUGUGAACAGAUGUGGAGUCUAAUCCCUCUUGUAAGUCCACUCGGAAAUCUUCAGAGGGUGGUAAUAAUGAAAACAUUCGAAUCUCUCAUCCCAGUGAGUUUCAUCCCAUUGAUUAAGCUUUUUAUGGCACAGCAGUAACAGAGUGGCUCAUAUAGACCCCCAUUACAGUGAUUGGUUUGCGUGUACUGGUCGAGACAAACAGAGGCUCUAAAUGGUGGCUGAUUGAAUUUAUGAUUAUAAAUCCGAGGCAGGGUUAAAGUUGUCAUUUAUUCGAAGAGGAAGGUGAACACAUAUGCUAACAAAAGUCUCAGUCCUGAAUAGGUUGUAAUGAAUCAGAAUUGACUGCUUAUCUCUCCAGCACAUACCACAGCUGGACUUCGUGUAAUCCUGUAAUGCCCUCCAGUAUUUGGUGACAAGAUGGACAGGAAGCAGAACUGGUUGGGAGACUGUCUUUACAUAUUAAUUUCCGUGUGUUUUACGUUUUCUUCAUUUAACAUUGUAAUAAAAUGACUAGAUAGAGAGGGACCAGUGGUUGAUCAUGAGUGUUUUCACAGUUCGUGGAUAACAACAGAAUAUCCCAAGUGUCAAUAACUGGCAGAUGCUGACAAAGAAAAGAGAGAAAGAACUGAGAGCUGGCAGCAUGACUGCCUCAGCUUAGCUUUGAACUGAACGCAUUUGCUGUGGACAGAAAGAGAGUGAGAGGAGAAAGCAUGCAAAGAGGGAGGAGGGAGUAAGGGAUGGAUUCUUAACAGCGGUUGAAAAGCUUUAUAGUGUGGUCAACCACUUUGCACUUGCCAUUAUCCAGUUGUGUAAAGGAGGAUUACGGCACUUCUGGGUGUUUUUCUUUUUCAAGAGCGUGGUCUGACAUUUGAUGAAACAUCAAGGUGUUGAUUUAAAGGAAGAUGGGAUAUUUUUCUUUGCAAGAUGAUAUUUAAAGGUUGUUCUUAGUUGCAGAUUUCCCCCACGAGGUAAGUCUUACAUUUUAAGAAUUUGCUGGCCUUUUUCUCUCUCCAUCUCGACUUUCUAUAUUUUGUAUUAAAUGUGCGUAGCGUACAUUUUUGUACUACAUGAAACUUUUGAUUCAUGUAUUUUCAUGAAGAAUUUCUGUGAUCCAGAGUCUGCAUAAUUACCUGCUCUGAACUUUAAAAGACAGAUUAAACUCUCCAAAUGAAAGAUGCCUCUUCAUAAAUGACAGUGUAGGGAGAAGAAAGUAACAAAAACAGGUUGUGACUUUCACUUGGUUUGAAAAUAACUCUGACCGAACUAAAGCUUCUGCCUUUUUCAACCUCUUUGACAUAAUACGUCAUAUAACAAAUGAAUCGUUUACGUCUAUAUUUACCUUUUUUUUUUUUUUUUACAAAGAAGUGGAAUUAACUUAUGAACACAAAAACAUUUAAAUGGGAAGCAUAAUGCUCUGAAUGAAUAACAUGCUUUCUAAUUUCAUUGAAUUAGAUUCACAUACCAAAAUACCAGCUGAGGUAUUCACUGGUCUGUUUUAGUGUUUGAUUUUUACCUUUGUUUUCAACAUUUCUGAUGUGACUUUUCAAUAGCUGAUGCUAAACCUGGUAUCACAGAGUGAAGUACACUUUGUAUAAGCUGAAAGAGCAUGAGAGAUUGUUGUUUUCGCCAAUCAUGUUCUUUCUUCUUUUCUUUUUUAGCGAUUAACAGGCUGUAUUGCAUGACUGUGUUAUCUUUACUUUUAGAAAAUAGACUGAUGUUAUAACUCGGAUUAUCAAAUAGUCCCUGAACUGUAAGGGGUCAGCGCUGUCAAGCGUUGCAGCUGGCAUGGGUGUAAAAGAAUGACAAGGCCUUAGAGGAGACAAAUGAUCUGUCAUCUAAUUACUGAGCUGCCUUUGUUAAGACAUUCUAAUUAGAGAUCCGCACAGCAGCUGCAGCAGCUGCUUAUUGUUCACUCUGUAAGUCGAGACCAUUACUAAAAGAAAAUCUGAGCUAGAACGAAGAACUGGCUCCAUUUUUAAUUUGAUGCUUUUGGUGCAUUUCAAAUUUUCAAGUUGUCCCAAAAUUCCCAUGAUUGAGCUCGACAAUAAUCUAGUUUUUAGUAGCUUCUUAUCUCUGUCUAAAAAGCGAAAUAGUGAAAAAAGAAACUAUUUAUUUUAAUCUUCAGUUAUUAAACUUAAAAUGAAUAUUUUAAUUCUUAAAACAAAAUUAACUUCACUUCAACUCAUUUACAUCUGUAACAACAACAACAACCUAUCAAACAGUUUACCAGAUUGUUGGCAUGUUAGUUGGUUUCCAUUUCUAUGUAGAGCAGAUAUGACAGAAUUAAUGUGUAGCAGAACUACCAACAUGAGAGCUUCAAAUGAACAACAAAAAAACAACUGAAAUACUCAAGAAAUGCUGAUCACUGGCCGGAUUUUUUACUGCUUCAACGACAAAAGAUGCACAGUGUCCAGCGGUACUUUUAAAGUUUUUGUUCAGACAGAAGAGUGAUUUCAAAUUUUACUGUUAAGUUUGCAAAUAUUGCCCAAAGGACAUAUCCUGUUGUGGUCAGCCUGGUGUAGGAACAGCUGAUAAAGGGUGUGUCUUCUCAGGGAUGUUCUCCAGAGGACAGCUCAGUGGACAGGAUGAACCCUACAGACCAGAGCUGCUUUCACCUGAGAGAGAAAACCUGCAGAAGAAAAGAUCACAGAGCCCCAAAGUUAGAAAGACACUGCAGAAGCUGCAGAAGUGUCUGCAGGGGACAGAAGAUAGCUCUUCUUAUGGUUCGUCAGCAGGGGACACUGCAGGCGGCAGUGCUGACCUCAUCUCAUCUGGGGAGAACAGAAGUCCUUGCCAGGAUGGGGUCGUGGAUGAUACCCUACCCAAGCUCAUUAGUAGGAUCAGACAUGAUGAAGGAAAGAGGCUGAUGGGGGAGGAAGAGGCAGGGCAAGGCUCGAGUGACAUAGUAGAGCAUAUCCUCAAAGAGCUGAAAGGUAUUAACAAGAUCCAGGAGGAAAUUUCUGACCUGAGGCAGUAUCUUACGUCUGUGAAAGGGUCGGUGGAUGAAGUAUCUUACUGUGUGGAUGCAGCACUCAGUGAAAUAGGGGAGUUGUACUCCGGGGCUUCAGCUACAACUAAUCCUGGUCCAGUUUCUCAAAUACCCUGCAUGAGGGGUGGAAGCCAAGGUAGGCAGAACGCCAGUCUAGUUUUGGAUCACACAGAUUUCAGAAAAAGUUUAGCAUGUCUACCAUCUCACAGAUCAGGGAAGCCUAUCAAUCGAGUCACUACCCAAUCAGAACAUCCAACAGACCAAAGGCAGAACUCAGAGAAGAAUCCAAACAUGAUCAUUAAAGGAUCUUCGAAAUCUAACGUCUGCUGCCUGGAACGUAGUCAUGGCAAUGACUACCAGAGCACCAGCUCCCUGUCAUCUUGUCACAGCUCCACCGGUCCAGAAGCAGGUAUUCUGAUUAGUGACCCGGACCAUGGCAGAUGGCCUUCUGAGAUGCAGCACAGUAUCAGUGGAGAGGGACUGUGGAGUGAGGAAGACAUUUGCUCUUGUACGGACAGUCAAAAUGAGUUACAAACCUGUCCUAGUGUUUGGGACAGGUGCACCACGGAGGAGACACAAAGUAGCACACCAGGCCAUUCUUCACACAACAGCUCUGAACAUCUCUCCUUGCUGUUUGGACACCACUUUGACUAUCCUUCAAGUUCUUCUAGUAUGGUGGACUGGAGGCCCCCCAGACUGCAAACGGAUGAAGAAAACUUGGACUGUGACUGUUCGGUAAACUGCCCAUACUCUCGUAGUUCUGGUUAUCACACCAUGGAUGCUUGCUUAAAUGAACUCGGUAGUGAGCCCUCCAGGAGUAUAAGUUGCUCCACUGUGCUGUUGACAGACUGUGACGACUGUUACCUGGAGCCACAUUCAAUGUGUGAUGACUGUCCGUCAUCUGGGGACACACUGGAUCUGGGCUCUGCUGACAGUUUGGACAAGGAGUGGACCGAUCAAAGCUUAUCCAGAGGCACUUUGUCACAGGAGUCCUCUGAAAUGGAUUCUCUAAGUACACCCAAGACCCCCAAUGUGGGUUUUGAUGUAACUACGUUUAGCAAGGCUGUGGUCACCUUUGGGUCAGCUUUGAAAGGGGCUCUGAAAAAGUUGGAAGGGUCAUACCCUGAAGAUGUGAGAGAAGACUAUGACUCUGAUACAUCUCCAUCUUUUGCCACACAAGCCAGCGAACAGGAGCAAAGUAGCAGAGAGGGUGCAGAUGAUGGAGUUAGAGGAGCAGACCUUUCUACUGAAUGUGGCAUCACCAGGGAAGAGGGUGAGACUUCACUCUGUGUGGAUUGUAGUGCAUCAGUGGAGAACCAGCCAUGUUCACUUCCAGAACCACCUCAUGGAACAAGCCUCUGUCUUUGCAAUCCAACUGAGCAUCACUCUCUGGAGGUUUCACAGGAAGAAGGAGAGUGUCCAAAGGUUGGGGUUGUGUCGAACCUUGACUUAAAACCAGACCACUGUCCAUCAAAUGAGGACGAGUGUCCACCAGGUCCAGAGUUUAGUGCAGAUGACUCCAUAUUGUGUACAAUUAAAGAAAACCACCUUUCUGAUGAUGUGGAUUCGAGAAAGCCGACUGAUGCCAGUCACAAAGAGCGUAUUGCUAAUUUUCAGCGCAUUCUGAGGGAAAAGAGGCAAACUCGUCACAGACUGUCCAAAUCUGCUCAAGGAUCCCAGGGAUCACACGGCUCUCAAGGAUCUCAGGGAUCCCAGUCUCAAGAGGAUUCCAUCCCAGGUAUUGUUAAGGGUAUUUUCUUAAACUGAAAUGAUGAGCAACCCAGCUGAGCGAUAAGUUAAAAACACUUGAGAAGGUCUAAAACGCUCCUGUGGGAAAACUUCUACUGCGUUCAACAAUGUGCAGCUCUUACUGCUCUUAUGUUAUCGUCACCCUGUCAACUUCCCUCAUGGUAAUGAAGUCCAGCUUGUGUCAUGACCAAUUUGUUGAGGCUCACGCCACCUUGCAGCACUCAGUCAGGUUUAUUGAUGAUAAUGAUGGACGCAGAACCAAGUUGUCCAUAGUAUAUACAGUCUAUGGUAUUUAUCUGAUCUGAUCAAAUUUAUUUGUGAUAAUUAAUUAAUUAAAUUUAAACAGGAUCACACAGGUAGUAUAUGUAAUUUUGAAAUGAUUUAAAGAUUAUUCAGUAGUUUUUGAGUCACUGUCUUUCAGCGGAUGCAUUGGGGAGAUAGUCUGAAAUUGUUUUUUGUUCGAUUGUUUUUCCAAACAGUUUCUAAAUGUUGUUAUACUUUUUUUUCAGACUGUGGAAGAGAAGAUGAUCAGGUUAUUGAUAUCAUACCCCUCCAUUCUUACUCUGCAGCUGUUUUGUCUGUUGUUUUAAAAGUCCUUGCACUUAGAAAUGAGGGGAAAAAACUUGUAUUGCCCCAGCAGUCAUUAUUUGGUGUUCGUUUGUUUGUUUUUUUUCUUUUUGUUUUUUUUCCCACUUUAUUGAUGUUUUCUGUUUGUUUUUUUUGGAUGUCCACAUGAACAGUGGAAUCAUCCAGUAUGUAAACAGAAUUUACUUGCAUUUUAGCAAGUGUGAUUCCGUUCACUCCAUGGUUUUGUGUCUGUAUGAUGCUGGUCCACCUUUGCAUUUCAUGUAUCGCUUACAAUCAAGAUGUAUAGAUAUAUUGAUCUGAUAUAACGACUUUGCAUGAUCUGGAACACUCAAGGGGUUAAACUCAACCAUAUGUGACUUUCCAUUACUUCUGUUUUCUCAUCACAUAUUGCCUGUCUGUCACCUGCUUUUUGUUAGUCAAUUGUAUAUGUAUAUGUAUUUUUGUUUAAUAUUUACAACGUUGUAGGUUGGAGAUGAAGAGCCAAAUGUCAGACAAGCCUGGGUCAAACCGGGGUAAGUCACUCGUUGUCAUACUAGAUGCAUGAAUUUAAUUGAAAAAGGACGAACACAGACAUGUUAUGUAACUUAAAUGUGAUGUCUUUUUCUUUAUUGAUCGUGUUUUCAUCCUGUGUAGUGGUGGAUCUGGUCUGUAUGGAAUUGACAGCAUGCCUGACCUGCGGAAGAAGAAGCCUAUCCCCUUGGUCAGCGAUGUGGUCAGUACAAACCUGUCAUUCCUUUGUUUUGUAUUGAACAUGUCAUAAGUCACCCUGUUUUUUGUCCUUUUUGUACGUUAUGUGUGUUUUUCCACUUGUAAGACGACCACAGAAGUCAGUUGUUUUUAUGCCUCUUGGCUGCGAUUGGGACGAGAUUGUUAUCAACAGAUGAGACACAUUCUUGAAUCAGACUGCUAAUAUUUCUCUCCCUCCUCUCUUAAACCCAAAACUAUUUCCCACAACUCUCUUGAAUGCAUUCACACUCCUUGGUCAGGCUAUGGUAAGUUUAUAGAACCCAGCUGUCACUCCCUUUCCUGCUAAAGUUCAAAAUAUCAAGUAGGACAAUUGAAUAAAAGUGCCUCAAACAUGGAUGUCUCCAGCAUGCAGAUUUAAUUGAUCCCAAACCUCUUAACACAACCUGAAAUAACUGCAUGCAUCAUCUUGGUCAUCGGUAGCUUUUCCUCCUACUUGAUAUUACACUGUAUCCCUGAAAUACACUAAUUUAUCCAUUAACUGUUUCCACACUCUUGGUUUAUAUCUCACAUAAAUAACAUGACAGCAAUAGGACACCUUACUAAUACUUCCACGAAACUUAAUUGUCUGAUGGGUGUUUGUUUAAUACCACUGUUAGUUUCAUUACCUCUCCUCCUUUAGCUGCUUUUAACGUCUGAUACUCACACAUGUUGUCUGGUCAUCCUUUAAGAAUUCAUAAACGGGGAAAUAACAGGACUACUCACCACCCUCCCAACCACCUUGGAAACCUUUUUAAUUUACACUGACCCUUAAUAUUUUAGGAUCAUUUGGAGGUGUGCUUGGUUGUGGGUUGUAUCAUCUAUUUUAAAAACACUAACUUUCCUUUCUCAUCUGUUGUUCAGUCUCUUGUCCAAGCCAGGAAGGCAGGGAUUGCGUCUGCCAUGGCUGCACGGUCCUCGAUCAAAGAUGAGGAGCUGGUGAGUAUAGAUUAAUAUAAAGAUAUCUUGGGUUUAGGGAUUAGGGCGAUAUGGGCUAAAAGUUUAUCAUGAUAAGAUUUGCCAUUCUGGCGAUAACGAUGAGAGUCCCGAUAAAAAAUAUUAUAAUUCCAAUCUAUAUUUUUGACUCAUUUUGUCUUGAGAACACCAGUUGGAGUAGUCAAAUAAGAUACCUAACUUCUUAUCAUGGAGGAUUUCUCUGACGAUAUAUCGUGAAUGAUAAUUUAUCGCCCAUCCCUACUUGUGUUUCUCAAAAGUAUGAUUCACCUUAUUCAAGUGUUGUGUGUUACUCCCUGUAACUCCAUGUCCUUUCUUUAGAAAAACCAUGUGUACAAGAAGACCCUGCAGGCUCUUAUCUACCCCAUAUCCUGCACUACGCCCCACAACUUUGAGGUCUGGACAGCCACCACUCCCACAUACUGCUACGAGUGUGAGGGGCUGCUGUGGGGAAUAGCCCGCCAAGGCAUGCGUUGCUCAGAGUGUGGGGUAAAAUGCCACGAAAAAUGCCAAGAGCUACUGAACGCUGACUGCCUCCAGCGUGAGUGCUGCUCUCAUGAUUUUGAUCAAAUUGCAUUGUCCAAAAUGGUGUUUGAACAAGAAACAUAGUAUAAGCUGACUGAUGGUCAAAAAAAAAAAAAGCUGUUUUGUAUAUUUUUUCAGUUGAUAAUCCUGUAACAUGCCAGACAACAGCAUUUUUUGUACGUUUUUUUUUUAGGUGCUGCUGAGAAGAGUUCUAAGCAUGGAGCUGAAGACCGGACUCAGAAUAUUAUCAUGGCGAUGAAGGACAGGAUGAAGAUCAGGGAAAGAAACAAACCAGAAAUCUUUGAACUUAUCAGGGAAGUGUUCGUCAUAAGCAAAACGAUCCAUGCACAGCAGAUGAAGACCAUCAAGCAGAGUGUCCUAGAUGGUACCUCAAAGUGGUCGGCCAAGAUCACCAUCACAGGUAACCCACUAACAAAAAGCUAAGAGUUUAGGUAUAACUGUCAAAGGCUGACCACUUUUAUCCGUGUCUUUGCAUUAGUGGUUUGUGCCCAAGGACUUCAGGCAAAGGACAAGACAGGAUCUAGUGAUCCAUAUGUGACUGUGCAGGUCGGCAAAACCAAGAAGAGAACCAAGACCAUUUAUGGCAACCUCAAUCCUGUCUGGGAGGAGAAAUACCAUUUGUAAGUCACAAACAUUUCUUAUCAGAAUAUGUGCUUUAACCUUGUAAAGACUUGGUCCGCAUACUAGCGUAGAGUGAUGUAGAUUUCAUGGAUCAAUCCACAGGCUGGGCUCUUGUGAAGAAGUCUACUUUUUCCAUCUAAACUGUCAUAAACGCGACAAACUUCUUCAUUUUUACAACCACACUUCCAAAAAAAAGUUGGGUUGCUGUGUUUUGAAUAAAGAUCGGAAUGAGCUUCAAAUCAUUUAAUGUCAGCAAAAAAGUUGUGAAAGGGACAGCGAGUAAUGCGUCUUAUAAUCAAAUACCAAAGUAAAUAUUUCUUUCUUUUUUUAAUUAUUUUUUGUCCAGCGAGUGCCACAACUCCUCGGAUCGUAUUAAAGUACGUGUGUGGGAUGAGGAUGACGAUAUCAAGUCGAGGGUGAAGCAACGUCUGAAAAGGGAAUCUGAUGAUUUCUUGGGCCAAAGUAUCAUCGAGGUCAGGACACUGAGCGGAGAAAUGGACGUCUGGUACAACCUGGGUCAGUAUGCUGCUUUCUUCAAACAAGAACUAGAUUUAUCAGACGUGCUUUCUUCAGUUAGAGUAAAAUAUUGUCUGUUAAAUUGUUUUAUUUGUGGAACUUACAGGGAUAUUAAACAAAACCGUAACAAAGAGUCAGGCACCCCCUUGACAGAUGAAUGUUGCCGACUGCUUGCUUCUCUAGUUAUACCAACUUUAGUAACAACCGCACGAUAGCAAUACACAGAGGUCUACGUAUCCACAUGCAAACCUCAACCAAAUGGCACUGUAUAGCCACAAAUAAUGCUCUGAACAGCACCUAACUUCAUCAACAGUACAUAUAGGGUCUCAGCCAUAGUACUAGCCAUCAAACAUCUUUUUAACUUUGACUAAUUUCUUUAGCAAAGAGACUAAACAAAACUCACCCACUCUCUUCCAGCAGCCGCUGGUUGAGGUUUGUGCGUGGAGACGUAGACCGCUGUGUAUUGCUAUUGUGACGUUUCUAAAGUUGGUAUAACUAGAAGCAAGCAGUUCCAGUGCGUUUGACCAUGAUUUAAAUUUACGCCAGAAUAUACUUUAAGUUAUUAAAGGAUAAUUAUUCACCCAAUGAAACACUUUGAGUCACUAAACCCUUCACUUAUGAGAUGCUGCUCACUGUUCCUAAGUUCUAAUUUAAGAUCCCUACCUCAUCUUUAAAACUAUGAACUUUAAUGUACAGAAUCAUCUCAUAAAUAAAUCUUAAUUAGCUUUUGAUAAGGGAAACUAUCUUCCUUUUUGAUGCCAAGAAGUCUGUUUCCAGUAAAACCAGUCAGUGGUUUGUUUGGCCUAGUUUUAAAUCCUUGUCGUCCUGUAGUUGGAUUCUUGAAACUGGCAGCCCUGAUUAGCCCUGAGGCUCAUACUGGUUUGCAUGAGAACAGCAGCUAUCCCUACAAAGCUUAUUUUUGUAAAGCCCUUUUGUUCUUGCUAACAGUCAACUCCCAGAAAUCAAACUUGCUUCAUUAUAAUCCUCAGCACUAUUCCUCCGAGUGUGGGAAUAUAUCAUGUGAAGAGGCCUGGAAAGAGUCACUAACAACAUGAAGCCAGUCAUCAGUCCCUGUUGGUUUUAUUCAGAUAAAGAAAGCUGUGAGGAUCAAAUCUCCUGCGGUUUAGGGUGCUGUUAAAAGGCUUUUAUCCAGACAUCAACUCACUCUUGGCUCAUAAACACUCCCUGAAAGUUCAUUAACAGAUUUACUCUCCUUAUACAGCUACGACCUCUACUUCUACUUGAUCAAAAUGUACAAAGUGACAUCACCAUGGCAACAAUAAAUCUGUAAUUAUGCCUAUAAAUCUGCAGUUGUGUCCGUUUAGAUAUGAGGGGCUCAGUUUAGUACCCCUGAGGAUCUUCAUUUCGGUAAAAGCUCCUUUGGUUUCAGUGUCAUCAGAACCUGGAGUGUGAGCAGCCGUGUUAUAUCCUCUCGCUUUCAAACAACCUUUUUUCUUCAUUUCUAUCUUCUAGUGUACCAAAGUGCCCCUCCUCUCCUUUGUCGUCCUCUUUGUCCUCCUGAUGUGUGAUUAUCAAGUAGCAGCACUCUAGUCGGAAAUUGAUUGCUCCUGCAACAUGGACAAAUUACCCCUAAUGAUGAGUCUGUCAGAGCAAAUAGUAGGGGUUCGUCACCGAGAACUCCGCCCCCAAGAGAAGCUUCCUCGAUCACACACUGAUCUGUACAACCCACUGCCAUUGUCUUCCUCACUGUCAGCUGGAGGACUUCUAUUAGUGCUGCUGGCCCUGAGCUGCCAUCAAACUGUAGAAACAGAACCGCCCACAAUAGAGCUGCCAUGUUCAUAGCCCAUAAUUAGGGUUUUGUUAACAGGUAGAGUGGCGGUCUCUGAUUUGAAGUUUGAGUUAUGAAUGAAGGAGGUUUGUGUUUGAUUACAGAGAAGAGGACCGACAAGUCAGCUGUGUCAGGCGCCAUCCGCCUCCAAAUCAACGUGGAGAUCAAAGGAGAGGAGAAGGUGGCGGCGUAUCAUGUGCAGUACACUUGUUUACAUGAGGUAAUUGAGUUUUUCUUGGCAUCUGAUGAAAAUGUUUGAGGGAACCUGUACCACCCAUUAAGGCUCAUAGACUCUUUUUCUGUCCCUGGCAGAACUUGUUCCAUCACUCGACUGACAUUCUUGGCCAAGGCGCAGUGAAAAUCCCAGAAGCCCGUGGAGACGAUGGGUGGAAGGUCUACUAUGACGACGUAGCUCAGGAGAUCGUGGAUGAGUUUGCCAUGCGCUAUGGGAUUGAAUCAAUCUACCAAGCUAUGACGUAAGUCUUCGAUUUCACAGUCGGCACAAAGGGAUAGUAUAUCUGAACCUUUCUUUCCACCCACCCAUGUGUUUGUCACCUCUUUGCCCUCCUGCUCUGCUUGUUGUCCUCUCAGUGCUGUUGCCAGUUUAUGUUUGGCGUUUGAAAUGACUCUUCCCAGAUUGGGAAAACUAGAUGAAUGAGGAGAUAAAUACACAGCUACCCACAGCCUCAUGAAGCAGUGAUUUGCAGGAACCUUUUCUCUGUGGCAGGCAGCUGUUGGUCUUUAUACAUUUAAAGGUACAAAAAGUGUAGUAGUAGAUAUCCUGUCAUACACAUUCUACAGCUUUGCUGCUACUUUUCUUUACAGGCACUUUGCCUGCCUGUCAUCCAAGUACAUGUGUCCUGGGGUCCCUGCAGUGAUGAGCACCCUGCUGGCCAAUAUCAAUGCCUACUACGCCCACACGACCGCCUCUACCAAUGUGUCCGCCUCCGACCGCUUUGCUGCCUCUAAUUUUGGGGUUUGUAUUCGUAUAUCGCCAGCAUCAAACACAUAGACUCAUGCAUACUGUACAGAACGCUGCAAGACACACGUGUACACACACACACACACACACUCACACGAAGGCAAAUGUCUCUUUUUUUCUCCACUGCUUAAACAGAGAUACAUGCAGUCCUCUCCACUGUAUUUUUGAAUGCAUAAAUAUCUUUUUUUUUUUCAUAUUAAAGGAUUUAAUUCUUUGUCGCUUGUUUUUUCUUGUGUCCCAAAUGCAGAAAGAACGCUUCGUAAAACUUUUAGAUCAACUGCACAACUCCUUGCGCAUUGACCUCUCCACUUACAGGGUAAGGUUUACUGAGAAAAGAAGGUUGAUGCUAUCGGUCACUAAUUCUUUAAUAUGCUUUCAUCAAAACAUCAAACAGUUUGUUGUGACCGUGACGUUAAAAUGAAUGUUCUAUUCAUUCGCACAAGACUCACAAUUGGUGAUGGUAAUCCAUCUGUAGUUUCAGGUUUCAUCACUAAUUUGUGCCAAAUGAUGGUUUCCUGAUUACUUAAGUGUACUGUCUGUAGAAUUUAAAAGCAAUCAGACUUGUUAGAAAAUAAAUAUGACGAUUGUAAAAAAGUGGUUGUUCAAAAGAAUUUUUAUUGAUAGACCUCUUUGGUAAUAAAAACUCGACAUGUGGAAGAACAUACUUUUCAUCAUAGGAGCGUCUUGUCCCAAAAGCCUCUAUCAUGUCACAGAUGUAGGGAGUGAGCUGGGGAGCAUCCUGAAUAUUUCCAUUUUUACUCACUGUACCUUUAAUGUUUUGCUUUCAAGCAUGAACUGUAGAAUUAAUUUAUUUAACAAGCUUAAACAGGACUAAAAAGUGUAAGAUCUCCAUGCAGGUCUAAUAAUUGAAUGCUAUUUGCCUGUAAUGUUCAAUAACUGUAAUGUAUGUUGAAAUUAAACCUGUUUUCCUCUGCAGAACCAUUUUCCUGCCAGCAGCAAAGACCGGCUGCAGGAUUUAAAAUCCACAGUGGACCUCCUAACAAGUAUCACCUUCUUCAGGAUGAAGGUAAUUCACAGUGUUUCAUGUUCUACAUCUAUGCUGUAAAUGUUUUCCCAAAGGUCUCAGAUGCAGGAUUUACUGUGUUUGCAUAGAUGGCCUGCAGAUUUACUCCCUAAAUAAAACAUGCAUAGUGUUCGGAUGUUUUAUCUUCUUCAUGGCAUUUAACAAGUUUAUUAAAAUAAAAACCAGGGUUUGCUGUCAUUCACUAACAGUGCUACUCUCUUAACUGGGUCAUUAGGUCCAAGAAUUACAGUCUCCGCCCAGAGCCAGCCAAGUGGUGAGGGAUUGUGUCAAGGCCUGCCUCAACUCUACAUAUGACUACAUCUUCAACAAUUGCCAUGAGCUUUACAGCAGGCAGUACAAUCCUGUCGACACAGUGAGUCACACUAACAUUAUCCAGCUGUGCCUGUGUAGAAAAAGCUGCAUUUUUAGAUAAACAAUUCUAUCCAUUGUCUAUCUAGAGCAAGGAGGAGCUCCCUUUGGAUGAGCAGGGUCCGAGCGUCAAAAACUUGGACUUCUGGCCCAAACUGAUAAUGCUCAUCGUCUCCAUCAUAGAAGAGGACAGAAACUCCUACACACCUGUGCUCAACCAGUAAGUAAACUCCAUACUCCUCCUUUUUCUUUAUCUCUUCCUCCUACAUUGGCAGUUGUGGUAAUAUUCAUAACAUUUGAGUUUAGAGUUUAUGUCAAAACUUUGUGUUUCCUUCAGGUUUCCUCAAGAACUGAGUGUAGGAAAGGUGUCAGCAGAGGUCAUGUGGACACUGUUUGCUCAAGACAUGAAGUACGCCAUGGAAGGUGAGUCCUUUAGAUGGUCAAUAUUCACUGUCGCUCCCAUGGCAACUUGCUUUGCUGUAGGGAUGCACUGAGCCACAUUUUUUCACAUCCGAUCCGAUCUCGAUUCCUGAAUUUGGAUAUCUGACAAUACCGAUACUAUUCCGAUACCAGAGCUCUGUUAGCUUUACCAUCAUUAUUAUCACUAUUGUUUAUUCAUUAUUAUCUCUCACACUGUCUGCUGGAAGUUUACCCUGCUUUUGGUAGGACUCCAGAAGUCAUUCCUGGCGGCUCUUUUCCUCUUCUUGUCCCCUGACUAAAAAAAUCCUCAUGCUCUUUCAUGUGGUGCUUUUUCAAAUGUUUGAAUGUUUGUUUAUUGUACAUCGCAACAGAGAUUCCGCCUCUUGGGCUAACGGCUUUGCAAAUGUUGCAUGUUGCUGUCUUACUUUGCGGCGUUUCGACUGUAAAAUAUUUCCACACAGCAGACAUGUUGUGUGGAAAAGUUCGCUAACCCUAGUGCUGCUCACUGCUUACCUGAUAGCUGCCUGGCUGCAAACUACGGAAUGGAUUCCCAGAAUGGGGGCGUGUUUUAUCCCUGUGUCUUAUUGAGACACACCUCCGUUCAGGAAAUCCAUUCCGCAGUUUGCAGCCAGCUAGCAGACUGACCAGCAAGAAUCACUUUACAGUUAUUUCAGUGGACGAAAUUAAAGCAAAGACGUGACUUAUGGAUCGGAAAUUUUUGCAGAUUGGAUUUGAAAUCUACGAUCAAUUAUUUACUUAGGUAUCGGAACCCGAUACCGAUACUGGAUCGGAUUGGCCUAAUCCCUACUUUGUUGUAUUAUUAUCUCACUUUAAGUUUGUUCUCUUUUUUUUUUCUAUGAAAUGAUUGUUUGUUUUUCGUUGUCCCUACUGACAGAAGAUAAGUUUUCAAUCUUAAGCUCUCUUCCAUCACGGUGUCCAUAUUAUAUGAAGUCUUUCUGCACAUGUUUUACUGUGUCUUGUAGAGCCACACCAUAUAACUGUUGCUGUAUUGUGUUGGAAUUUAAAAUGGCAAGAGCAGAAUAGAAAUUCUGGGUUAGGAAUCAUUCAGUGGCAUGGAAGUGUGAAAGAGUGAAAUAAUAACUGUGCUGAGUGUGAAAGCUGCUUAAGUUUCCCAGGAGCCUGGCUGUGAUUUUUCACCGCUGUAGUGAUCUGUUCAGUCGAGCACCACCGGUCCCCAGAGGUAAUCAGCCUUUAUCAGUCAGCCCCUGGCCUCAUGAGGAAACCUCCACAGAGACUUUUACUGUGAAAUAUCUGUUUCAUAGCCCACAGUUCAGAAGCCGCAGCCUUUUCAUUCUUGAUCUGCAUUAAUAUAAAGUGUGAUAAGAAGUGUGCCCAAAGAUAGCGAGAGUCCGCAGAGAUUCUGCCCUAUUUUCACCGCCAGGCCAGGGCGCUUCUCCUGUCAAAAUGUCGGUGUCGUUUAUUUUAGUAGGUCACUGAAAUGUAACUCAGUGCAAAGUUUGAUCCAAACUCUUUCUCCUUAAGGUUAUGCAAAGUUCUUUGGAAUUCCUUCUGUUUGUGUAUCUGUGGGUUUAGCUUUGACAUGUUCAUUGUAUCCAAAACACAGCACAAAAGGUUAUUUUGAUUUAUAAAGAGACAUACUGAAAAGUCGGCGUAGCACAAUACAAAGAAAAGGAAGAUGAAGAACUUUAUUGAUCCUUAAAGGGAAAUUCAAUAAAUGUUAAAUAUUCUCUGUUUUCAUUUUGAGUUAUCUCUUAUUUGAAAUUAAACUCUUAUCAAGCCUUGCAGUGCAUUUACACAUUCAACAAACGUGUAUGAUACUGAUUCUGUUCUGGUCAAUGUUUCCAUUAAAAACUUCAUGUUGGCCAUGCUGGUGUUUCCUUCUUAAGUAUCAAAAAGAAAGACUUCAGUAAAGACGGGCAUGUGGGUACCACCUUAGAUACUUAAAUCUGUUCCUGUGACGGUCAGAUCAAUUUUCUCAAAUUUAGGUCGAGUCAUGAUUAAACAUACUCUCUAGUUUGACAGACACUUUUGAAAAGAAUCCCUAAAACCGAACCCACAGAGGCCCGGUCAGCCCACAUAAUGAGUCACAGUCCAAACUCCCGUGAUACCAACCUCGCAGCAGUCCAACUGUCUUUGGCAUGAUUCCCUUUAUUCUCUGGUUCUUAUCCCAGCGCUCACAGGCUCUCUGUGUUUGGGUGUUUGCAGAGCAUGAGAAGCAUCGACUCUGCAAGAGCACAGACUACAUGAACAUGCACUUCAAGAUCAAGUGGCUCUACAAUGAAUACGUCAAGGAGCUGCCAAACUUUAACGGCGUUGUUCCAGAUUACCCUUCGUAAGUGUUUUUGACUCAUUCACUCACUGUGUUUGGACUUAAAUUAAUUUAGCCCUUUUUCUUGUCUUCUUAUCGCUCAAGGUGCUUUAACGUUAAAUGUCACAUUCCCUCAUUCCCACUGUAUUCACACACCAAAUCUCACAGGCACAGAGUAACAUUACAUCUACGCAAACUUCUUAAAAACUCUGAAAAACAGUUCAAUUUUUGUUUCUGUAUAUAGAAAAAUAACAUUUUGGAUGUCUAUACCUUCCCUCUUAGAUGGUUCCUACAGUUUGUGCUGCAGUGGUUGGAUGAAAAUGAAGACGUAUCGAUGGAGUUCAUGCACGGAGCCCUUGAGAGAGACAAAAAAGACGGAGUAAGAAAAUUAAAAUGUACUUUUGGCGUGAUGUUACCUCUUCAGUGGAGUUUCUUUGUCUGCGCAGAGUAAAAUGAAAUUGCAGAGUUGAUGUUUAAGAGGGCGUGUGUGGGAUUAUCUCAUGGAUCAUCAAAUUUAGUGACGGUUUCUGUUUUUCAUCCUCUCAGUUCCAGCAGACGUCCGAGCACGCUCUGUUCUCCUGCUCUGUGGUGGACAUCUUCACACAGCUCAACCAGAGCUUUGAGAUCAUCCGAAAACUGGAGUGCCCUGAUCCAAACGUCUUGGCCCAAUACAGCCGGCGCUUCUCCAAGGUAAAGCCACCUCACUAAACCGCUGAGUUUGAAAAAACGUGCUGUCAACUGCAUUUUCUUUGAGAAGAUUUGGAAAAUGAAAAAAACAGCUUUUGCUUGAAAUGUCAAAACCACAGAAAAACAGGGAUUCAGGUGGUGUGAAUUUUACAUGUAAGUAUAAUGUUAAAGACCAACUUCUGAAACAGCUUGUGAUUAUGAAAUAUGGUGGAAAUUACAGCUACAGUGUUGUCUGGAGGGGGUGAGUGAUAUUUGGAAAAAAAAAAAAAUGGAAAUGUCACGUUGGAGAUAAUCCGAAGCUCGGGCGUUGAGGGACAGAAGACAUUUAUGCUUAAGAUUUGCUUUCAUGCAUGCCAGAGACGACAAAAAAGGACAUUUAGAAACGUUUCUAAAGAUGCAGUUGGGAAAGUUGUCCUGCAAAAUUUCUGUUCAAACUACUCUCCUAACAUUGCAUUAGGUUUUAUUAAAAAAUUCAAUCUUAAUAUAUUUUGUAUUUCAAAUUCUCACUUGUUGCAGUAAUAAUUUUAAUGUAUUUCCUCUGCAUGAUUCCUGCAGACCAUUGCCAAAGUUCUUCUUGAAUACAGUGCCAUCCUGACCAAAAGUUUUCCCUCUUACAUCGACAAGGAGAAGAUUGUAAGUUAUCAACAGCUGAGUACUGUGUGCUGCACAGUUAAUUUAGAAGUCACUUAGGUGUCAUUUUCAUUCAUGUUUUUUAAUAAAUCAGUCUGUGUUCCUUUUUCAGCCGUGUGUCUUGAUGAACAAUGUGCAGCAGUUAAGAAUCCAGCUGGAGAAAAUGUUCGAGUCGAUGGGUGCCAAACAGGUAUGUUUAAGGAAGUGGGUGAAUGUGCAGAAUGGAUGCCAUACUCUAGUUUGUUGAAUUAUUUAUUUAUCUAUUUAUUGAUUUACAUGGAUUCUUCCUGGGGUCCAAUGAGGAGAUAUAACAAUUCACCAAACAUAAUCAAACAAACAUACAAACAGUAACACAACACAGUAAAAAUAUCAUAAAAUUCAACAGUCACAACAAAUCAAGAGCUAAAAUACGUCAUAGUCUGGAAACAGAUGGUACAAACAUUAGUUUAUAGGAUCAUAACACUCUAUUAAAUGUGUGUCAGGUUCAUUUCAUCAUUUACCAGCUGUUACAAGUAAAAAACUAUUUCUUUAUUUAAAACGUCUGUUCUUCAUUUCUUUUUAAAAGUCAUCCUACUGAUCACUUUGACCAAAUGCAUUGGCGGUUUAUUCCACAUAGACAUUGUUCUAUACAUGACAGUUCUCUUUAAAGCGUUGGAUUUGGGCACUGGUACUGUGAAACGCUCCAAAAAGGCUUGUCUUGUGUCAUAACUGUGUCUGUUGUUAGUGUAGGUAAGCUGGGGGUGCGAGUAUGAAAGCAUUUUGGAAGUGAUGAUGUUUCUCAGGACUUGGACUUUGUUCCUCUCCUGUAUCAGGUUGCAGUAGAAGAAGCGCGGGUAUGUACUGUCAUGGUUAAUCUGACCGUGGUCUACAUAGUAACCUCUCAGAUAUUUAGACAGUGACUUGGCUGGAUAAUGUCCUCUGUAAUAGUGUGUUUAGUAUAGUUGUGUUAGAACCAUCAGUUGUGUGUGACCUCCCUUCACUUUGAGUUUGAACACCGAACAUGUACUUUAGUAAAGAGUAGUCGACUUUAGAUUUGUAGCACUUUGACGCUGAAGCCAAAGUUUCAUCCAGUGUGUUUACUUUACGACUGAAGCAAUAUGAAAUGGAGGAGCUGGAAGAGGAGGUGGAGGAGGAGGUGGAGGAGGAGGUAGGUUGAAGUAAACCUGAGAGGUCUGCCCAUCAUUGAAUUGUUCAGUAAGUUCAGUAUGUCAGGUAUAAGCCUCAUCAUUUCCCCUCUCCUUCAGGCACAACAGGUUGUCACUGAAGAGAACAAAGCGGAGGCCUCGGUGGGUAGAUGGCUGCAGAUUAGAUCUGGAGUAGUUUGGCUCUAGAUUGAGAGAUAAUUAGAUCCACAGUCUUGGUAAACCCCGCCCUCUUGUAGCGCUUAAAUAGAUUUUUUAGAGCUCUUUGAUAUCUAACAUAACGCCCUGGUUUCGUACGGUGUCAUUUGUAGCUCAGGUAUUCAGUUGGAUACUAAGUGUUGGUCCAGAUUUCAUGAGAGUCUCUCUGAGGAUCGGUCGUGUGUCAUCGUGAUUUUAACGUCCUACACAUAUGGAAAUGCUGUUGUAGUUAGUUUUAUGAGAUCUGGAGAUGUUUCACUUCACUGCUCAGCUGUUCAACAUUUCAAAUUCAAUAAUACAAAAAGUUUUUCCAGGAACAGGAGUUUGUGCGUGAGGAGAGGAAGUGACCUACAGUGUUGAUCUUUUUGCUCCUCCUUUAACAAUGUAAAUGGUUUCUCAAAAUUAAGUUCCAAUCAUCCUUCUCUUCUCUCUUUUCUAGCGCAACAAUAAAACGCUAGCAUGGCAGGCAAGUUCGGUCUAUAUGCACGCAUGUUCAGUCAUGACAUGAUUGCAUAUUGCUGAUAAUCAUUUUAUGAAUGAAAAGUCACUGAAAUUGGAUUAGGAGAACGUUUGCAGCUUUAAGUUUCAUAAUUUUGUGUUUUGUCGUUUUGUUUCACUCCUAGUUUGAGGAGAGUGAGGAGGAGGAGGAAGUAAGGGAGGAAGGGCUAAAAAUUGAGGUUGAGGUUUGUCGCAGUGUGAUCCUUUUUUUUAACCAUGUCUGUCAUCAGGUCAUUCUUGUGCUCCCUUUUCUUCAUGCUCCCAGCAGCACCUCAGUGAUACUGCAGCAGCAGCAGCAUCUGUGCUGUUUCCAUGGUGGAGUUCUUGUUGCCUUUUUUACGAUCACCCGUGUUGAUUUCCACAUUGUUGUCAAAUUCUCUCAGCGACAUUUUCCCUGAACUUUCCUCAGAACAUGGUCCUCCAUUCAACCUCAAACAAACUUGUUUGUGAGUGUUUUGUUGGACAUUUCUUUUAAUGCAUGUUUUUUCUUUGAAACUCUUUUUUGUGUGUGUGCCAUAGGCUGAUAAGGAAAAGGUGGGUCCACUAUUACAAAUACAGUAAAAUCACAGAAAAACUGAGAUCAGUGAAGUUACAGCAGAGUGGGGUUUUUGACAUUUUUUUUAUUGUAUUUCUUUUCUAAAAACUUUGAAACAUUCUCCUCACACAGACGGAUGGAUCAGUAGAAAAGGUAUGUUAAGUCUCUGUUGUCAGAGAACUUUGUGUGUUAGCCACUGAUCCUGUGAAGUUCUCCUUCUAUUCAAAAUUAAAACUAAAUCAAAUAAACGGUUAAAAGAGGUUGUCCUGUGUUAACCUCCACCUGUCUGUGUUGUCGUAGACUGAAAGUGCAUUAGAGGACAAGAAGGUGAGUUUCAUACAUACAGACGUUCCUAUACUCAAAACAAACCCAUGCAGAGUUUCCCAAAUCGAUCCAUUCAUAUCUGCCGUUCCCUCCCUGAAGUUUCCCUUUAAGUGCCUCCCAGCAGAAAUGUUCAGAUCCGUUCUCGUGGUGUUUGUCAACCCUGUCAGAUCAUGAAUUCAAAGCUCCUUUAGAUCCUCAGCUUGAUGAGCCCCGACCUGUUGUCAUCCUUCUGACUCGCUUCCCUGCAGACAGAGCUUAUUUAGAUGAAGCUGAGGUUAAUUCAUGGCUCCGUCACCUUGUACUUGUUCCCUCCCUACAUGCUUGUUCAACUCUCUGCUGCAGUAUUAAUAUAUUUUUUCAAUACGCUCACUUUGAAAGUUGGAGACGGCUGAUAAGAAGGUGGGUUUGCUGACUUGUGAGAUGAGAUUUGAUUUUUUAUUCAUUUUUUAAGAAACACAUCAAAAGUUUGGGUUUUUCAUUCAAGUAGGGUACAAACUGUCGGUCUUUAAUGUGGUUCACCCUCUUUCUUCAGGAUUGCGUGUCUUCAUAAGCAGCUUGUGUCCACAGAAUCGGAUCCUUUUCCUCUCUCAUGACUUCUUAUUUUCUCUGUGUUUUACUUUUUAUGGGUUCUUAUACCUGCUUACCUCUUGGCUUCUGUCUGUGUCCUUCUGUAGAUGGACUCUGAGGCUGGGGACCUACUGAAUGAUUUGCAGGUGAAACUGAACAACGUGCUGGACGAGCUCAGCAGGACGUUUGGAAACAGGUAUAAUAACCCAGGAGCCUUCAUGAAACAUGUCACCUGACAGACUCAUGAGCACCACAUUGGUCUCUUCACAGGCGUUUUUGCUGAUCUGUUCUGUUUUAAUAGUUUCCAGGUCAAGAUCAACGACUGUAUGCGACAGAUGUCCUCUCUGCUGUACCAGAUUAAGGGACCGCUCAACGCCAACAACAAAAACCAAGUUGAUGGUGACUCUGACAACAUGUUAAGGCCACUGAUGGAUUUUCUGGAUGGAAAGUGAGUAAAUGAUAUAAUGUCAUUUUAACUCCAGUGAAGGUUACAAACUGAAACCCUUCUGAUCAACCUGAGUGUUGAUGUUUUUGUUCGUGUAUUCGCUUAUUCGCAGACUGACGCUGUUCGCCACUGUGUGUGAGAAGACGGUGCUGAAGCGUGUGUUGAAGGAGCUGUGGAGGAUUGUGAUGACCAGCCUGGAGAAGACUAUAGUUCUGCCACAGGGCAGUGAUACCUUUGUGAGUGAAAAAAAAAUCAAUCUGUUUAUUUGCUUGUUUGUGUUUGUGAUUCGUCUCUAAAGCACCAAGUUUUCCCCUUUUUCAGGGUGCACAGAUUCUCUCAGCUGCAAAGGAGCUGGGUCAGCUCUCAAAACUCAAGGUAUCAGAGUGAUCUUAUAUGUUUUCUGUUGAUUCUCAAAAUAACCCAUUAAAGGCUCAUUUAUGCUCAACGUUUCAUACCGAUACGGACGGAGCUCUCUGUCCGUGCUUUGCGUUCUUUUUUCGUCUGUAUUCCUGCACGUAUCUUUGAAGUUUAGGGAUACGGGCCAGACGGAGCAGUACCACCAGAAACUGUGGGGGCAGUGUUGCUGCUGUCACUUCCCGAUACACAUCUCUAGAAAGAAACAAAGAGGACAAUGGCGGGAUCAACGUCAAUUUCUCUGAUCGGUACUACUAGAGAAAUACACAUUAGUCGCCAUGUUUCUUUUUGUUUAUUGCUGUAGGAAACUUUUGACUCCGGCCUGCCCCCCGGUGGAUGAAAUGGUUAACAUCCAUGCCAGUGUAAAGGACGCAUGUGGGCAGUGAUGGAACCAUAAUUUGAACGGACCCGUACAUUUUCAUGACGUAUGGCGAGCAUAAAUGAGCCUUGAGGGUGAUUGAAGGUAUUUGAAGGUAUGAACUCCUCUGUCUGAUUUUCAGGAUCACAUGGCAGGGGAGGCUAAAAGCCUUUCUCCGAGGCAGUGUGCUGUCAUGGAUGUGGCUCUGGACACUAUCAAGGUCAGUUUAUACUGCAGGUUCUGGUUUCAUUGGAUUGCAGGAUUCAAAUGUGCUCCGUCAAAUGUCCAUUUAUUAAAUAAGUCCUCUGAAGGGUGAUGUAAGCAGCUUAUGACUAUAAGUAAUCAGGUCAGAGUGUGUGAGGGACAGCAUGGGUGAAAUGACAAUUAUGGAAAAAUGGCGCUUCUUUAAUUAUUUACCAGCCCUGCUAUUCAUCUGAUUCAUCACAAGACAAUGCAGUCGUCCUCCUUCACUUCUUUAACCAUGUCAGCCAUGUCUCUCUUUACUCUUAAACCACUCCUAAUAUUUCUCCAGCUUUAGGGAACCAUCAUUUAUCUUCCAGUAAUCUCCCUGAUGUGUUUCUUUGGCAGCAAUACUUCCAUGCGGGGGGCAGCGGGCUGAAGAAGGCCUACCUGGAGAAGAGUCCUGAGCUAUCUUCACUGCGGCACGCUCUGUCCCUCUACACCCAGACAACAGACACACUCAUCAAGACCUUUGUGACCACCCAGCAUGCACAAGGUAAUUCAGGCCACCAUCCUCGUAUAAACACAGGAACACAAGCAUUUCUUAUUUUAGACCAGCAGAGGGAGCUAUGUGAACUAGACUUUCCACUGAGUGUCACCUCCUUUAUCUUUUGCAUUGAUUGUUUGUAUCAGCAGGUUUAUCAUGUGGAAGUUUGUUGACAUGUUACUGCUUUCUUCUCCCUUAUCUCUUUUGCUGCCUGUGUCCCAGUGCACAAUGGAAAGGGUAUUAGGCUAACUCCUAAUGAAAAAAUACAGCCCAGCAGGGGUAGGUUCAGAGAAACAUUUGCCCGUCUUCUUCUUCUUCUUCUUCUUCUUCUUUGUAAUCUCCCUUUGACACUUUCCCUUUGACCUUGUCCACUGCAUGGGAAGGUCAAACCUCGCUUACGUCUCUCCUAAAUCUUGUUCUCUUGAUGGAUGUUUUGUCUUUUUGUCUCACUGAAGUGUCUGGUUUUACCCUAAACCAGGUUCUGGCAUAGACAAACCAAUAGGUGAGGUGUCGGUCCAGAUCGAGCUCCACAGUCCCGCCAAGGGUGAUCGAAAAGUUACUGCCAAAGGUCAGUUUUUUUACGAUAUUCUGCCAAGUAUUUUGUAGUUUUCAGUAAAAUGCUCUGAUCUGAUUGUCUUGUUACUCCCGUCCCCUGUGGCUUUGCUUUUUUCAGUCAUCGGAGCCAAUGACUUAAAAUGGCAGACUUCCGGCAUGUUCCGACCCUUCGUGGAGAUCACCAUGAUCGGACCCAACCUCAGUGACAAGAAACGCAAAUUUCAGACGAAAUCGAAGAACAACAGCUGGUCUCCAAAGUUCAGCGAGACCUUCCACUUGUGCGUACCCCAAUACCUGUGCUUAUUUUUCAAACAGAGUAGAAAUAAGAUGAAGUUUAAGUUCAGUCUGACCGUUUUGACCACUGUUUUGUUUAAUGUCAUUGUACAGCCUCACAUACAGCUGUCAUAGUUUCCAGUUUUUAUCUUAUCCAAUUGUGAGCCACUGGAUGAGUGAUUGCACAUUGAGGAAAGAGAAAAAUGUUUUCAAUUUGAUUUCAAAUUAAAAAAAAAUUAAACUCAGUUUUACGAAAGCGUACUGCAUUCACUUACAAAAAAAAAGCCUUUUUUUUUUUUCUGUUUUUCAGACUAAUUUUUUUUUUCCCCUGAAUAAAUUAGAUACUUCAAAAUCCUGCACGAAUCUACAGUCAGAUAACAUUAACCAUCGCAGCUGCUCCAAAUCAAUGGAAGUCAAGGGGGAUGAAAGCGUCUGUUUUUUAAUUAUCAUGAUCCCAGAAAAUAGGAAAAACAAUUAAUCUGAAAUAAAUAAACAGUCAGAAAAACAGAAAAAUCAGUCUGAAAAACAAAAAAAAAAUCAGUCUGAAAAACAAAAAAAAAUAUUCUGAAAAACAGAAAAGAAAAAAAAAUACUUUGAAACACAGAAAAAAAAUUAGUUAUAAGAACAGAACAUAAAAAAUUACUUUGAAAAACAGGUUUUUUUUUUUGUUGUUGUUUUUUUUGUUUUUGUGAAUGCAAUAUGCUUCCGUACAAUUUAGUCGAAAUGCCGAAAAAAGGGUCAAACUUCACCUGGUCCCCAUCAAACUGAUCGCCUUGGAGUACGAAUGUUUCAGUCUGGACCAGUUCAGUCUAAGAGAAUCAAUGUUUCCAUGCAGAAACCUCAUUGGGCAGUACGCUGUGUUGUGAGAGGUAAUGCCGUACCUGAGAGCACACCUCCAUUACUUUUUAUUUGCAUACAUGAAAAGCCAAAGCUGAGAUACAGUUGAAAACAGGCAUCACUGACACUUACUAGGGCACUUGUCUCCCUAUUCAUCAGUCUUUCUGCUGUUGAGCUGUGACGUGCCUUUUUCCACUGAAUAGUUUUAUUGUAGAAGGGAAUGUUUGUCAGUGCAGCUUCAAAACUUCAGUCCUGCUGUUCAGUCGUUCAACUCUCCUGAGAUCUAACCCUCAGUGUUCUGUUUCCACAGUGUCCUCGGUAACCAGGAGGGCUUUGAAUGCUACGAGCUGCAGGUCUGCGUCAAAGAUUACUGCUUUGGCCGUGCAGACAGAGUCGUGGGCCUGACCGUGAUAAAAUUAAAAGACAUCAAGGGAAACUGCGCUUGCUGGUGCCCUCUGGGCCAGCGUAUCCAUAUGGAUGACACAGGCCUCACCGCCAUUCGAAUCCUCUCCCAGCGCUCCAAUGAUGACGUGGCCAAGGAGUUUGUGAGACUAAAGUCAGAGACCCGUUCUGCUGAGGAGGGCAGAUGA